GGUUUCCUGUGUUAUGUUUUAGAGCCGAGUUUUGAGGGAUUUGCUCCCUCCGUAAAUGAGCACACAGCCCAGCUCUGUGCCUGAACACUGCUGCUCCUCUACUGUCACUGUCUGUGUGACUCACAUCAGACUCACACACACACAAUGGAUCGAAGACAACGCUGAGGAGCCGCAUCCAUGCUCUCAGGACUUUAUCGGGAAUAUCGAGCAGUAACGUGGAUGUCUUCUCUCUUCUGGUUUUAAGUUGAAGAACUGGAGUUUUUAAGAACUGUGAACUUUACUCAAGUUCGCGCACACACACUCCACUGGAUCUUUGGGAAUACGACAGGCAAGGCUAAGUGUUCUGUCAAAGACGGAGAAUGGUGAGUAAUACUCUAACUUCAUCUAUCAUACUGUGAAACUAAAACGUCCCUGAUGGUACUAUUUAUUAUAGUGUGCCGUUUUGAAAAUGUCCAAGUAUUUUAAUAAAACAAACGUGUUUAAAGUGAACUUAAUUUAACUAAAGUCUCAAAAAUUGAAUUAAUAUUUAAUUUUAAGGUCAUGUCUGUUUAUUUGUUUAUUUAGUGACUUUUUAAUACAAUUUUAUUGAUCAAAUCAUAAACUUCGCACAGCUAAAAUAUCUAUAGUUAUACUGGACAGACUGCUUUGUUGUUCCCUUGUUGUUGGAGGAUUUAAAAGUUUUGCUGCAGGUGAUAUUUUACUUUAUUUAUUGAAUGUAUCAGACACAUUUUGUUUCCCCUUACAUAUCAUGAGUUUACAGUUAAGGUCACCUCUCCCUUACUUUUCUCCCUCUCACAAUUUUUUUGUAUAAAUUCAGUCAUAGGAAAGCUUUGAUCCAUAGCAUCUGAAUUUGACUCAUCUGACUGACACCUGCAGGCUUUCAGUCCUUUAAAAACAUUAGUUGGAUGCUUUGGUCACAGCUGCUUCUCAAAAACCGGUUUGUCCUGAAGGAAGACUAGGAUGCCAGAGAGCAUGUGUCAGGUGGAGUGAGUGUACUGUAUUUGUGUGUCUUCUUGUGUGCAGGUGUGUGUGUGUGUGUGUUUGCAUUACAUCCAGACAGGUUUUUCCUGGUUACUGGAUGUCAUCCCUGCAGCAGACACGCCUAGAGCUAAGUUAUGGAGGACGUUAUGUGGUCUUGUUGUGUUUUGGCAACAGUUCCUCAAGCCACAGUCCUUGGUGGCUUGCUUUACACUUUUGCUAUUGAAAACCAAACUGUUGAGCUCUUUGUUUUCAUUUCACUUCUUAGCUUUGCUAUUAUAACUACAAAUACUUAAAAACAAAAAAUGGUCUGUUUUAAAUGAAGAUAUAAGACCUGGCAUAUACAAGAAAAGGCUUACAAGACACAGUAUCACCAUCUUUGAAAAGUUUAAUUCUAUGUACUUUAUGUUUUAUGAUUAAUGCCAUCUUUAGACCUACUUCAUUGUUGGCAUACACCCAAACAAUCUCUAUUAAAAACAUUUAUGGCUGAAACCUGUUGCACUGUGCCCCUAUAGUGAUGUAAUAAACCUGUAGGUUGGGUUGCCCAAAGACAAACCCAUAGGACAGAGGUUGCAUAACAAGCUGUUAGCAUUACUGAGCCAUGACUAAAAAAAUGAACAAACUGAACAUGUUGCUUUUAAUAUCCCUGUGUUAUGUCUACUUUUAUGGCAUUUACUCACUCUGUCAAGAAUGAACGUUUGAGUGCUACAUUUUGAUCUAAUGUUUUUCUCCUCAUCCGGGGUGAAGAAGCUGUUUUCUUGUCCAAAGUAUUGGAUGAGUUAUGAACAUUAUCAUUAUAAAGUUAAACCUCUUAACUAAAACAUCAAGUUUUAUCCAGAUAAAGUUUUAGCUCUUUCAGUCUGUUGUCUGAUUUCCCAUACCGUCUGGAAAAGCAUACACCAGCACAGCUCACUGGUUCCCUCUCAGCCAGAUGCUAAAUAGUGAGUUGGUAUGACAGCAGAUGGUUUGCAUUAGCUUCUCGUACAGGGAGGUACGUACUGAGUAACCCCCUUCUCCCUUUGCGCUCCAUUUUCAAACUGAUGACUGCUGUAGAGAUUUGCUCAGGAAUUCAAGCCAUCUCUCUGAAAACAGGACGAGCACCCAUCACAAGGACCUGGGGAACUCGUUAGGCCUGUCGCUGUGGUUCAGUCUGCUCUCACACCUCCUGAUUAGCUCCAUACAUCUCUGUUACAGAGCUCUAAAUGGGUUUUCCUUGCUCUGUUUGUGUUGAGGUACUUCAGUGUUAACUUGUCCUGCUGUUGCACUUGUUGUUGUACAUUUUAAACUCAAGUUGUCAGUUGGCCUUGAGUCAAAUCAGUUUUUUUUUCUUUCUUUGGUUAUUGUUUUUUCUGAGCCACACAUCCUGUAAUUUUAUUAUUUAAUCUUUGAAUUUAUUGCCUACAGAUGUGGCUCAAGUUUUUCUAUGUUCUAAGGAUGAAAAUGUCGAUUGAGUGACAAAAACUUUUGAAAGUUGCUUUUGUAAAUCAAACAUAUUAAUUGCUUGGCAGUUUCUCUGACAGUUUGGCUAGUCUUGGAAAAACAUUAUUUUUAUUUCUACAUUAUUUUUCAGUAGCUGUUAGUUCUGUCAGGAGAAACAUUACAACAAAGACAGACAAAAGUGAAACACCAUACUUGGUUUGGAUCAAACAUCAGGUCUAUAUAUAUUUACAUGUGAUGGUAUACAUCAAGGUGUCAGGUAUUCCUGUGGCUGUGAAACAUAAUCCCUUGAAUCCAGGAAAUGCAGAGGUGAAGAGCAUCAAGCGAUUGUAUCUCCAUGUGACCUAGUUUGUUUGCCGGGUCCCCCGAGCAUUGUUUGCUAACUCUCAUGUGGCCAAGAGCAGUUUGCCUCUGUUUGUAUGCCUCAGCCGCUUUUUAAAACGACUGCAGAUAACAAGCAGACAUGUAGGAGCCCUUCAGUCGUUCCUGAUUUAUUUCUGCAGUCUGAGCAGCUGUGUCUUAACUGCAGAUGUUGAGGAGAAGAUGCAGCUUGUUUAACAGAUCAAAGGUCAACACAAGUCAACAGGGAGCGUAAUGAUAUUUUAUUAAAAAUGUUGUUUUAUUGUAUUGCAAAUUGAUUAACAGCAGUGAUAUUUUCUGGCGCUAUCAUGGGGUGUUACUUUUAUCACAGUUUUGAUAUCAUGAAUGGAUGGAAGUGUGGUUCUUGGGUCCACUUUGGUUAAAAUUAUGUGUCUCAUUAACAGUAAGAUUAGUCUGCUGUGACAUUUACAUCAAAUAAUUGUGUUUUUUUUAAAGAGUGAAUCCUCAAGUCUCAUGACCCCAGGCUUUUCUUUUUGUGCAAAUAUUUAUUGAACAGUUCAAGUUGAGAGACGUAUAUCUUCACAACUAUUUGUAUGACAAGCAUGGAAUUUGCUACCUAACAUUAUGCUCACUCAGGAUGGGUUGUAAAAGAUUAAUCUUGAGGUUAGAAUUUCUUAAAUGUACAAUCUUUGUUUCCAAGUGAGGACUGUUACUGUGAGCGUAUUAGCAUGAUGACGUUCGCCUGUAGCUCAGUGAACAGCUGUGCCUUGUGGAAAUUACCCAAGUGGGCCUUAGAAAACACAGUGUAUCUGUCUGUAGCUGGUCUUUGUUAGUUUCUAAUCCUUGUUGAACAGAUACACAUGGUUGUCAUGCUAGCAGCAGUGAAGUCUACAUUACAGUAGUUGUCGUUUUAGAGAGUUGAUUAAAUAUCUUUAACACUUAAGUGUUUGCUAAAUAAUGUCAGUUACAUACAAAAGAGCUGCAGAAUUUUACACUAAGUUGAUGUUUAUAACUCGUUCUCACAGCUCAAGCCUUAACAGAGUGCUUCUCUUUUCUUUGAAAUAAGUUAUAAGGUAAUAAAGUGCUGGAUAAAUGAAGUUUGUAAUAAAUACUCUUAUCUGUGUAAACAUAAUCAUGUAAGCAGUGCACAGGAUGCCAUCCUUUUAUGCUUGUUCAGUGUAGUUUGUUCCUGUUAUAGCUGUCAUAGAGGGCUAUUUGCAUGUAUGAUUUCCUGCAUGGUGGACAGGAACACAAGGUCAUUCUUUCUUUAUUUAGCUGUGCUCUGGUUAUCUGCUCUGAUAGCUUUUAACCAUCACAUGUUGGCCAGUGGUCAGCCCUCUUACACUGUUUAAUGGAAACAUCUUUUGUGUUGAGGUUGUCAGAAGUGGUAGGUCUGGGUCUGGCCAGUAGAAAGCUAUUGUUCAACUUAACUUUUAAAAGAAACACUAUACCAGCACAGGGAAUUAAAUAGUCCUUGAUAAAGGAGCCUGAUUUUAUAGUUAGAAGAACAAUACACUGGGUUAUGGGAGCAUGUGAUAAUUUCAGCUUUUGUGGCUGUUUUUUUUUCUUUUGUGCUGAGUAUACCAUUGAUUUCCACUUUUGGCAUUGGUUGCUAGUGGAACAGUUUGUAGAGUAAUCUUUAAGAUAUUGUUUUCUAUUCUUGUGUCUUUGGCACCAUCAAAGUGGAAUGAAACCACCAGCCUGUAAGAAUAAGAAUAAGAACAGCGUCAAAUCUUUAACAAGGCCAGUUAGCUGUUGUGUUCCUCUAUAAAAACAUGAAGUUACUGACUGGAAAGAGUUAAAAUUAGCUGGUUUGAAUUGGAUCUUUUUUUUUUUUGGCACACUUCCCAUGGCAGGGCUGAGUCAGUGCAUUGCUCACAGAGGAAUCAUGGAGUAACAGGAGUGUCAGAAAAGUAUCCUCUCAAGGCGGUUUUCAUUCAUCAAUACUAGAUAAAAAGGAACCAGCAGAAGGGAUUCUUCAUCAUGAUAAACUUAUUUGAGCCCAUGUUAUCUAGAAUGAAAGUACCAUAUAGUCUCUUCAAUCUUAAAUUUAAAUUCUGUUUUUUUUGUGUGAAUAGAGUAUAACUAACAGGCCAAAACAAUUAUUGAUUUGGAUAUGCUCGUGGUUUACUUUGGUCUGCUUAAUAAUAAGGAAAUUUACUUAAAGAAGCAAGUGGUACAUUGAAUUAAUCCUGCUAAAAUUUUAGGAAAAAUUUGAUUCUUAGUCCCCUUUGAGUGUUAAAUCAUAUAAUCUAAUGCUCUCUACCUGGUACAAAGACAAUAUAGAACUUAAACAAGUUGGUAUUGUCACAAGAACAGGGCUGAGUUACUGCUGAUUUACCUUUAACACUGCAAAACACUAAAUAAUAACUUAGCUGAAGUUUAGUAAUAUUUGAUUUUACUGUAUAUUUCACCAAAUGUUACAAAAAAUUUUAUGUCUUUAAAUUAAAAGCCAAAUUGAGUAGUUGUGAUAGAUUUUACAUCAAUUUGUGUUGUCAAAGUUGUCUAGGAUGCCAUUUGCUUUUAUUUCCCUCAUACUACUUUAAUAUUUAUGAGACUCUGGAUGGACUCUGUCUUUUAUUUCUACACAGUUUUUACCUGUUUCCAACAAACCUUUUUUUGUGCUUUAUUUUGACACACCUCAGUUCUUAUUUUUAUAUUUCAAAAAAUCUCUUCCAGUAAUCGUCUUAAGUUUAAGUUCUUCUCUGCAUAAUCAACUAGGGCUGGCCUGGUCCUUUCUGUGCAUAAAUGUAACUGCUGAGUCAUUUCUUUCUGCCUCAUUAUUAUUGUGUUCACACUGGUGGGGCUGAUGAAGUCAAUGCCAUUAAACGCUCAUUCAUCAUACACUCAAUGCGCCACACCCCUGCACCAAAUCAGCCCACAGAGGAGGAAUAAUUGUUGUCACAGUGAUUCAAGGAUGAUUUAGUUGCAGCUACACUAUGAUAACAUUUUUCAUGCGUCUGUCGGCUCUACAGCUCACCUAACUGAAAACUCUCAGGAGAGCAAAAGUUGUUUACUGGAAUCACAGUGUGUUGGUAAACUGUACUCUUCCUCUCAGGUGAAAACCCAGUGCUGACCUCUCUGACCCUUGAGGACCUUUCUCAUAGUAAUGUGAGACACCUUUGACUGUUGUUAGCCUCCCGGCACUGUACUCAACACCCAAACAGUUUCGACAGACAACAGAAUUCCUAUAAUUUGGGGUGUUUUGUGGCGAUGCACAGAAGGCCUUUGUCUCCUGAAUCUGUUUUAAAGUUAGUUUUAGAUUUGUCUGGUCUGCUAGUCUGAGUGGAAAACUGUCUGAUUCAGCUACGAGCUCUCCUUGAGAUCUUUUGGAGACUUCAGUGCUUUCUUCUUCAUGGAGGCAAUAACAGAGGAAGUACAUUACCUUAAAGAAAGUUUUUCUUCUCUAAUAUGAUGAUGAUUCUGCCAACAUCUCAGCUCUUUUUUUGUCAAAAACUCAGACAUUAUGUGGCCAUGAGUCUUCGUCUGCCUCUUGAGAAGUGAGGAAUGUAUGAAGGUAAUUCAUCAGCACACAGCCCUACCUGGUUUGAUGGCUGCUGCCCUGUUGUUACACGUGAUUCACUUUGUCAAGCUUCUCCCUCUUCUCCUCAAGACCAAAAAGAGUGACUGAAAUUUGUGUCCACCAUGUAUUUGCCUGCAGCAUUCGGCAUGUGAAUGAAUUUCCACUGCAGAUGGUUUGUUUACAUUCAACCACUACUAAGGCAGCUUGGUGACAUGUGUCUUGUCUGGAAUUACAGCUGAAUUCCGCUCUGAACCACACUGACUUUGAUUUAAACGUUUAUUAGCGGUCUUGUUGUUGAUUUAAUCAGAGAUGUUUUAAAUCAAAUUUUCCAUGGAAAAGCGUGGCCUCUGUUGAGCUGAAACUUUGUACAGUUCGCUCCGAGACGUGUUAAAAGUAGGGUGGUAUCUGUUUACACUUGAUCAUUAUGCCUUCUCUCGCUCUCUCUGGGAGGGACUGAGCUCAACCCUGCCCUGCAGCCACAGUAUUAACAUCAUCACAGACAGGCAGUGCUCAAGUUACAGAAUCCACAGCACAAUAAUUCAUUUCUGUUCAUUCUUUUUGAACUUUCGGUAGAUCAGACCCAUGACAGAGUGAGACAUGCAGACAUAAAAACAGAGAAAUAGCUGGUUGAUGUGCAUUAUUUAUAUCACCAUUCAAGUUGUGUUGCACAGUGAACUCUGGGUUUGUGCUGUAGCUUUCUUCCUUUGUAUAUGCAGGUUAUUAUCACUCAUUGGAAACAAAAAAUCACAAGUUACUUUCAUAUAAGUCACAUUUUCCAUAUCUUCCAUAUACUCCCUGCUGAGGAAUCAUUUCCAGGAACUUUGGCUCCGAGUCUUUGAUUCAUCAGAAAUGAUUGAAAGCAGACAUCAGUUCAGAUCUGACAUGUUUUAUAGGCCGCGUCUGAUGAGUGUUAGUUCCCUGCUGUUGUCCUGCUGUUUGUUUGUAAGUAACUGAGAUGAGGUUUGCUGGCAGUGUGGUGCUGUGUCAGGGUUUAAUCAACUGUUAGCCUCAUUAGAGGGGAGUUUUCAGCAUCACUUAAGAUGAAAAUGAUAUGUGUGUGUGAGUUUGUCUGUCUGUGUGGGCUCAGGUUGACUUUAAUAAGUAUCCCAUCUCCUCAAUACUUCAGGCCGUUUUAUACUUCGGGUCAUUGCUCCUCUCCAUUGAAUAGUUGCACACCCACAAACACACAGCUUCCUCCUCUGUCCUUGUUGAUCUUGUCUCUCUGGUUGUCUCAGUCAGCAGUUUUAUCAGCAUCUGGCUUGAUUACACAGGGGGUGAUAUUGACCCAAGUACAGACAUAUGCAGCAGAGACCAGACCAGGUGGAAUAGCUGUUAAGACAGCAAUAACUCCUCGAGCUCUGUUUAGUUCAUAGAUCAAACCUGAUAUGCUGAGACUUCAACAAGGUGCAUCAGUGAAAAUCAGUCAAAAUCAACCUACAAAAUACUGGCACAAAACUGGUGAUGUUUUUUUAGGCUUUUUUUGUACAAUUUUGGCAGCGGUUCUUGUCUUUGAAUUACAAUAAAAUGUUAAUUUGCAGGAUGGACUUAAAGACUCAGUGUUAAUAUCCCAUGUUUACAGUGUAGGUAUUGGGACUUUGUAUGACUCAGACAUCUUCUUUCAAUUCAUAUGAAUGCAGUUUAGUACUUCAAAAGAUCUCAUUUUUUGAGUAUUAAACAUUUGAAAAGAGGGUUUUUGGCAAAGCAACAAACUUACUGAGAGGUCAGACAGACGACAGAUGGAUAAUCUGCAACUCAGACAUUUUGGUGCCUUUUUUGUCCCAUAAGAUACCAUGAAGCUUUGUGAUGCAUUCAAGGAAGCUCAGAUAUUUGACUGUUAGAGAGUACGUUUCAAAAACUGAUUGAUUUUCCAAGUUUGAAGUUUGUUGUUCAAGGGAGUUGUUGCUGGUUCAAUUCUCUGUCGUGACUCUUUGCUGCAUGUCCCCACUCUCUACUCCACACACUUCCCAUCUCACACCAGCUGCCUGAUCUAAUAAAGGGGAAAUGGCAAAAAGUAUACCUUUGAAUUUGACAGUUUGGUUGUGUUGUGUUUCAUUGAAAAGUUGCUUGAUGACAACUCUCUGUCACACCAGGAAAUAUCUGUGUUUGUCUAUGCUGUAGAUUUAUCUUUAAAUGACCUCUGAUGCUUUUCAUUCAAAGUAAAACUGAGACAACAAUACAGUGACAAGCUUGAUCAUUUGCCAGUAUAACUGUAUAUAUAGUAUAUCUGUUAUAAUGUAUAACUGUCAUGUAAUGGUUGGCAUCACAGACAAUAAGAAAUUACAAAAAAAAACCAUAUUUUUCCUUACGGAACAAAAAUAGACUUCACCCAAACAAAAUCCCAAUCCACAUUUCAUCUGUCUCAGAGUCCUUUUGGAAACUGUUUGGAUCCUUCAACCAUGACUGAAAAGAUCCCCAAUUUGUAUGUUAAUUUGUGACACACGUUUGCCAAAUUAGAUUACUUGUGGCUUUUUUCCUUGGCUCUUUCACCAGUAACCCUCUGCAUCAUACACUCUGUUCUUUAAUGUAGGCUACUGAUCAGUUUUUUAAGCUGUCUGUUUUAGUCCUGGUCAACCUUUAACUAAACUUUAAAAAGAAAGUAGAUAUUAAGGUUGAAACAUCUGAAAAUUAAGAUGUUGUUUUGGGCAGCAAGAGUUAAAAAUUGUUAGAGUAACUUCUCAACACACAGCUACUAGCACUUUGCAGGAAUUAGCUCCCAUGUACUGUUAAAUUGAGAGUCAGCAGAGACAUUUUUGAGACAUCAAGACGGAGGUGUCUUUGGGAUAUUUUGAGGCAGUAUUGAUUUUAAAAAUCUGGAUUGAGUGAGCAGGUAGAUGCUGGUCCAGCUUAUCUACACAAAGCUUUAUCAGACAUGGGAUCUUGCUGUAAGAAGUCCACUCAGGCUGAAGUAUAAGUCCCAUUCAUUAAAACACUUCAUUUUCCUGGCCUACAGUUUUCACCAUCCUUGCAGUUUUAGGAGGACUGUGUUUUUAACCUAGAUUUAACCUCAGAGGCAAAAACUAACAACUUGUUAUGAAAACCAGCAGGAUUCCCCGUCACAUUUUAAACCAGUCAUGUACUGGUAUCAGAGCUUUGUGAUUUCUGCAGACUUUUGGUACAGAGUGAUGAACGACUCUCUUAUUUUAGAAGAGAGGAAUUUGUUCUCAUGGCUCUCAUCCAGUUUCCCCUCAUGGUACAGAGCAGACACACGGUCUGUGUGUAGAGCCCUGGUGUGCGGAAGGAAUAUGGAGCAGAGAAGAGAAAUGAGGAGAAAUGAGGGGAAAGUGCUGCUUCUGAUCCUGAAUCAAACCCAGUCAUUUCCUGUACAGUGGGCCAGAGCUGCUCAGCACUCUCCAUAUAUGGUCAUGGUAUUUGCAUGGAGGGAAACCCUGGCCUUAUGGAUCAGGACUUAUUGAAAUUCCUCUGUAUGGUAACUUCUGGGAAAAGAUUUGGCCGCAUGGUUGAUUAUAUCCUCAAUUCUCAGAGAGGAAACUAAUCAGGUCUAAUCUUCCUGCUCUGAUUUCUUCCUUUACUCCAUGAAUCAGUGUUGUAAAAGCGUCUGUCAAAACAUGGUAAACUGUGUUUUUGAUAAAGAGAAAACAUAGUUUUAAGCCAGAUGCUUGGUUUUGUGGUGAGUGUAUGAGCAUGACUAUAAGUGGGUCUGUGAUAUGAUAAAGAUGCUGUUAAAGUCUCUAUUGACAUCAGUUUUGCAGUGUUAGUGGUCAUAUGUGAAUGUAUGUCUGUAGUAUAAAGUGUCCUUGAACAGACUGAGAAGAUGUUAAGUCCUAUUAAACCAUUCAAAUUAAAGUAAAUGGGCAGCUUCAGUCUCAUUUUACAUUUUAUACAUCUAUAGCAGAUUUUUUAUGAGGAUUGCUCAUUAGAACCAUUUAAACUCAGAUUCUCACUUUAGUGCUACACAUUACCCCUACUCGGUUAUUUUUCUGUGAACAAGUCAUCACUGUUAGUAUGUGAUGACCCUCAAAUGUGGUGAUAAACCUGUGUUGAAACUUUCCAUUAUUAGCUAACCAGCCUAUUGUUUUUUAAGCACCAGAAGUAAAAUGUAUAAACUCCUAUACAUUCAUAGAGACUCAUUGAUGUGUUAACUAUCAUGAAUGACAUCAUAUCCAAGAAACAGGACCCAUCAAAUUAAUAUUUGUCCUUAAAGAUAUUUGAAUUCAUCAUUGUUGGGGAAGUAUUUGCAAUUUAAUACUGUAAUCAAUUCAUAUUCGUCUUUAAAAUGGCUUGUUUUGUAUGGAAUUAGUAUUGUUGGGUGUUGUGCUUCCCACUGAAUCAAUGAAAUAGUAAACUCCAGGACCAUCUCAUUGUUUAAAAAAGAGAGUAGUGACGUGCCUGACACAGACAUCUGGUCUGAGGGUACAUCUUGUUUGCUUACAGAAUCAUGUAGUCCAAGAGUGCAGAAAAACAUUUAAGGAAAAGUGAAAUAUCUUCCUGUGUUGUCUUGAAUCAGAUAACCUUUCUUGAAGUUGGUAAAGCAUCUUUAGUUAUCACAAGCUUUUGACAAUAACAGUGAGGAUUAAAACUAAAGCAGCAGUUUAAUGGUUAUACAAGGAAGCAGCCUCAUGAAUGGUUCAAAGCCCAGGACAGAAAUCUUUGUAGGGGAAAUGACCCUCCACCCAAACACCCUGACUACAAUCGCUUGAGUAUAUCGACCCUCCACCUCUGGCUGCUCUAGAGCAGCUCAGCAGCCAGCAGCAGAGGAAGAGGAGGAGUGUGGUUGUUCCAGGCACAUCCCAGAUGUAUUUGUGUGUAAAAGUGCGGCCCUCCUUCUCUGAACAGCUACUCCCUCAGCCCGCUGCUACAUGUAGUAAUAUUUUCUUAGUCUUUGUGCCUCAUUAAACUAGACCUGAAUCAAAACAGAUGAAGCAGUCCUCCAAAUAUUUGAACCUCCUACGUGUACAUCUUAUUACUUUCAUGACUGUGCACACUGUCAUUCCAGACGUAGCAGAGGGUGGUUAAAUAUAGCAUGUACAAUUGUUUUCACUUUGGGUUGGGCAGCACUCGCUCAUAACUUGUGCUUUUUGAGAAAAUGUUUCCCCUCUCUAAGAAGCAAUUUUAAUAAGAAGUUAGCAGCAGAAGGAUAACUGGUAGUUUCCUGAAUAAAGAUAAGAUAAGAUAGAUGUAAGUGUUUGGAUAUAGGAGGCAGUGAACACAACAGAGAUUAUUGAGGUAGUGUCAAACUGCUGGUAGAUCAGCGUAACCUUGUUUCUUUAAUGGACUUAUUUGAUGUCCUUUAAGUUUGAAGAUAGGAUGUAAGUUUAUGAGUAUUUCUUGCAUGAAGGUGCCUUAAAAACAAUAAGCAAACUAAGCAAAAAUUAAGCCCAGUGUCCACAUUUGUUCUUUAAACCAAAAACUCUCAGAUUACCCUCAAAGUGUGUACAGUUUUUUACACUGUGUACUUGAUUUACUGAACAGACUUGGUGUUGCUUAUGUCUUUAACCUCUAAACCGAGAGCCUAAUGUCUUCUCUGAUGUUUGCCAGGAGUUCUUUUUUCUUCAGUUUACCAGGUUUUCACUGAAAGUCUCAAGUGUCUAAUUGUAUGUUAUGCAUAAAUAAAGUUCUUUAUGAGACAAGAUUGUAAUUUCAGAGUUACAAAAGAUAAACUGGACCUUGAGUCUGUAAUAAAGUGUAUCUACAUUAUAUAUGUAAACUGACUGAAGUUACCUUAGAAACAGAGUUAUAUUAUGACACUUAUCUCCUAAAGUCCUGUCAGUCAUUAUGUGAGGAGGUGCUUCACUCUCUCUGACAGAGUCAUCACAACGCCAUAGUUACUGAGGAAUUAGGGAAUUCAGCUUACCUCUCUCUUUUCCUCCUUCUCUCCCCCGUCUCACCCCACUGCACCUCUACAGCAGUAAAACACAUUAGUGGGUGUGAUCUGGAGAAUUAAUCAAGCUAUAAUUGGCUGCUUCCCUCCUGAGGGAAAAAACAAACUUUGUGAAUCAGACAGAAAGCUGUUAACAUUCCUUGCCUCUCCCAUGCUACGGUGGAGUCUGUAAAGUGUAACUAAUUUUACUGUUGUUGAGAAUAAAAUCACCCAGGAGGAUAUUAAAGUUUACCCGCUCUCUUUCUUGGUUAAAUAGUGCAGAGUUUAUUACAGAAUGCAAAAUUACUUUUCACUGGUUGUUGUUUUUUUUUAAAGUGGUGUUACUUUGAGGCUCGUUUUAUUAACAGUUCGCCCCUCAUUGUAGUUACUGUUUCAUUUGCUUACAGUCUUGUAUAGAAAGUUUUGCAAUUUGACUGUUUUCACUGAACCAACUGUACAUGGAUCGCACCCAAGUUUUAUUUAUCUGUACAUGUUUAAAUUCCUGUGUUCCAGGCUAUUUAAGGCUUAGUAAUACUUCUUGGCUACAAAGUUAACAUUGACCUUGAUAACAGCAGUUGAUCAUACAAUUUCACAUCAGAGCCUGUUCAGCAGCUGAUUUCCAGUGGUAGUAGUUCUGGAGUGAGAUCAGAAGUUGGAGAACAAGUAACUUUUGUUAUUGGCGCUUAUUGUUUGAUUAUUUACUGACCUUGUGUUGAAGUGAUAGACCAUCAGCCUAAGUUUAGAAUUAUAAUUUGCAGUAUAACAGUAGUUUGAAAAGGGCCUGUCUACGAAACUUGGCAAACCUCAUCUGGACAAAAACGUUAACACUACAAAUGAACAUGGAGUGAUAUGGUUUACCAUUAUUUUAACAUUAAAAAAAUAUUGUUUCUAUUUCUUGAAUAGGACAUAAAAAAGGGUCUACAGCUGUGUUAGCUGAGAGGUUAUAUACUUGAACUAAAUGCUACCUUCAACAUGCAUACUCUCACUGUAAAACAUGUUACAAAGAAACCGACAUUGCCAACAUUUACUGUAUUAGCACAAAAGUACAUGAUCCUAGGGUUCAUAUCCAGACAUUAUUAGAUACUAUAGUGUGUUUUUUUUCCCAGCAAUGUUAUCCCUUGACCAAAUAUUCAGUGUGUGAUUUUCUGUGUCAGUACAUUGGUAUUGGUUUCUGACAUUGAGGUCUCAAGAGUGCCUAAAUGAAGCUUUUACCAUUCAAACUGUAUCUGAACCCUUACACUUUCCUUUGUGCUACACACACAGAAAAGGCAGACAAAGCUGAUGAAAAUAACGAUAGUUCUUUAGAUAUCCAGAGGAUUUGAUGCACUUCAUAUUUUCCUGAAGACCCUGGGUUGACCAAAGCCAUGGCAAUACAUGCAGUUAUUUUACCACAAGCCCUUAAAAUAGACCUCUUUGUAGCACAAGAGCAAAAAGGGUGUUUGGUUGCUCCUCAGAGCAUUGAGAGCAUCUACAGGAUUUAAUAUCCACUGAUUUAUAUUUGUUAUAGGAUCUGAAAUUAUGAACUAACAGAGUGGACUUGCCAUAUUUAGGUCACCAGUGUGUGCACUAAUGAAGGUAAUAUGCUGUCAAUAACAUUUAAAGAGUAAACUUUUGUUGACUCAUUUUAAGUUUAUUGUGGUUUAUGCUGUUGAAGUGUUAAUGGUUUUCAUCAGACUGCCCCCCCUAUGCUCUGUCCUCUCCCUACGCUCGCUGACUGACCAGGCAGGAAGUCAGGGGUUAACUCAUGUGUUGGAAAUGUUCUGGAUGGUCUCUGCGGCUUUAAGUGGAUCUCCGUCCAGGAGAAAAAGGCUCACUCCUCGCAGCAGCACAUUGUGACCCUCGUUCACAGUAGCCAGACAGCACUGACUCAUAGCGCAUGAUGGAUGACCUCAGUUCUCCAGAGACUCAGUCAGAUAAAACAAAAUAACAGGGAAAAGUGCAGAGAGCAGACUGUUCGGAUGUGGACAAAAAGUUUGGGCAAAGCAUCUUUAAGACUUGGACAAAUAACUCACAGUACUUCUGGGAAUCCAACCUUGCCAUGUCAUCAAGUAAACACAGCUCAUCCUGCUGCUGUCUUCACAAAAUCUGCUCCUUUUGACUUUUUACUGCUGUGAAAAUAACCCAAUUCUCUUAGCUUUUAAUUUGUCAGACUUUUUCAACAGUCUGGUCAAACCACAGCCUCUUGUUGGUUUUUAGGCCGCAGGUCUUUCAGGCAGGGAAGCGUUUUUAUCACCUUUGCAAUGACUUCACUCUAUUUUAUUCACCACAUCCAUUUGGCGGCUUUUUUUUCUGAAAACUGGAAAAAUUAAAUGUGGUCGCCUCAUCGAUCUGCUGUCUUCUAGUUUGUCAGUACUCUAUAUUGAAGAUAGGUGUCUGUCAGCAUUUUAUCAUGUGUUGGUUGUUAAGCAGCUGCUAAGACAAUGACCAGUAAAAGCUUCCAAUUCAAACAUUAUUAGAGAGUGGCUGCAGAGAGUGAAUCUGGUCAAUUGUGUCUAAAUGUGUGAACAAACAAAUAACAGUCGUACUUUGUGUGUGUGUGUUUUUAUGUGCAGGGGAGCAGGGGGCACUACCGGUACCACUGGCAGAGCCACAAUGUCAAACACAGUGGAGUGGACGACAUGGUGCUGCUCAGCAAGAUCAACGAGGACGCCAUCGUGGACAACCUCAAAAAGAGAUACAUGGAUGACUACAUCUUUGUAUCCUUUGUUCUGUACACUAGUUCACAACCUGGUGAGAAAUAUCUGAGCCUGGUCCCAUGCCUGCAUUUCCCAGAAUAGCUGAAUGGUCAUUCAUAGCGUCACUGAUGCAGUGAGUAAUAGCUCAGUGUCGGGAGGUAACGCCUUCGCAGCGAGACUCUGCCGUGUGCAGAGGGGGCAAAGGGGCCUCUUUGUGCGUACCUCCACCCAGAUCUCAAACUCUCCCUCUUCUAUCAAAAUCAGCUUCACUCUAGUUUUAUCCAUUUGUUGUGCAAGCCAAAUGCUGUGAGAGACUUUUUUUUGUUCAGAGCAGCUGCUGCAUUAUUUUCUAAGCAGCUGUUGUGGAGAAUGAAAAGCUGUUUUGAUAGAGACAUUAUUUCAAACAGCACAUCUUCGACUCGACGUGUGUUAAAAACUGUCAAAUAUAAAUGAAAAUUAGACAUUCAGACCUGCAAAACUACAAAUUAAAGUAACUAAAGGAAACAUUAAAAGAGACAGCUCAGCGUCUCACCUCAACACAGUCAGACUUAACAAGGACAGAGUGCCUCAUAAUCCAGAAAUAGUGGCCUUAUCUUCUAAAAUAUUUAGCGCUCAUUCUUCAACCACUUAGACAUUUACUCCAGAGGUACACAGCAGUUCAUGUCUAAGAGAGCCACACUCAUUUUUUGCAGGGAGACAUUCAAUUUCUGUCUUCGGUUUUGGUUUUCUUAAGUGCAGCUGUGACCACACACUCACACAUAAGCCGUUCAUGACGUAAAAUGAGUCGAUGAAUGAAUGAAUAACUCCUUUCAAAAGCAACUCAAGCGUUCACAAAGUGGCUUAUUACAUAAACUUCAUCCACACUCUUGCAGCGCUCAGGAUUACGAAGUCGAGUAAAUGCAGGCAGUUUUAGGUUUGCAGUUUCUGCUUCAGCCCUCUGAUUUGGGUCAACAAAUAGCCAUAACUGUUGGGUUUCUUUGCCAAGACUUUGGGUCACUGUAGGCCACCCACAAUAGCAGCUUUAUUUGCCUUGAACAGCGAUUCUGCCUCAUAGCAUAAAACCCUGACAGAGUUACAUGGUCGGUUUGUAAGCACUGGAUACUUUUUGAGUCUCAGGCAUGAUCAUCAGAUUCUCCCCUGCUUGAUUUUUGGACAUGGCAGCCUUUGAUUGAGUCAUUUCCUACCAACACAGUUUUAUAAACCCUCUUAAAGAGUCGUAUUGUUGAUUUGUUUUGCCUUCACUGAAAGAUUCUUAACCUGUAACCUCAUCAGACAUACAUCGGACCUGUGCUCAUCUCUGUCAACCCUUUCAAACAGAUGCCAUACUUUGGUGAAAAAGAAGUUGAGAUGUAUCAAGGCGCUGUAAGUAUGAGCCCAAGUGUCUAAUGAGAACAUUUGGAAAUGACUUUUCUUAGUCUGAAAGGCUUAAACCAGAAAACUCACCUCAUAUUUCUAAAGCACAAAUGGGCCUCAGGAUUUCUGAUGGCACAGUCAGAUGGAUUAUAGACGUAAACUGAUCUGGGUUUGUUGCAGUGCUAAUUUUACCAGAGGUUUGCACAGUCGUUGUUGUCAAAAACUUGACUAAAGGUUUUUAAGUUUGAGAGGGCUUGGCAGUACCUUCACAGAGCAGCCUGUUCAAGUCUGCCUCCGCUCUUGGCCUGCAUCAUUGGAGUGUGUUCAUCUCUCUUUAAACCGAAGAAUACACUGAAUGACUUUUAAAAUCUUGACAGAUUGUAAAAACAUUCAGCAUUGCUCAUGCCAAAGUUAACAGUAAGAAAGAUUCAAGUAGUGGAAAAGUGCAUUGAGUUCGGAUCUGCACUGUGCUAUCAGCUGAAAUAUAGAGGAAAGUUCAGCUAAGUUCAGGAAAGUUUGAAACAGACAUGAAAUCUGUGUGCAGUUUGGUUGGUUAGAUGUUGGAUAGCAGAUUUGCCAGACUCAUUGUUUGUCUGUAUAUUGAACAUCAAACAAUGUAAUUGCACAGCACAUAUUUUUCUCAUAUUGUGCUGUGAGCUUAUGUGGCAGAGCCUCAACUCAUUCAGAAUCACAGCCAGUGUGUGGUUGACAUAUGUCUUACUUAAUAUUUAUUUAGCUGUGUCAACAACCCCAAUGCAAAGACCCUCUCCCUCACUUGCCUUUGUCUUUGAAAGGCUUAGUGACUUCCUGAAACAACUUGGCGGUGCAGUUUCUUGCAAAAGUGACAGUUAUAGUUAGGUUGUGCAUUUUAAUGGACUUUUUUCAGAGACAGAUUGGUACACAUGUGGUGCACUGAAUUCACAGCAGUAGUAUAUGGUAAUAAGCUGUAAUUCUUCCUAUGCAGACAAUUGAAAUUUGUUGAUAGUUUUGAUCAUUACAUGAGAUUUGGGCGAUAGGGAAAGUAUGAAAUAUUACAAGAAACAACCCUUUUAUGUGUUUCCUGGUAUUAAGAGUUCAGUUGUUCCACUUUUGAUUUUGUCUGUGUUGUUUUGCUUGUCAGGCUCAAUAUGAGAAUCCUCCUCACAUCUACGCUCUGGCGGACAACAUGUACAGAAACAUGAUGAUUGACUCUGAGAAUCAAUGUGUCAUCAUCAGGUAAGACUUACAUAACUUCAUUCCUCAAUCACUUCUCUGGAAAAUCAUGAAACUAAUCGCACGUGACAAUCAAGAAUGUGGCUCCACACAGGGGAGAUGUCUCUGUGUGAAAUUCUCCUUUUAAUAUGAGACCAUUUAAAUUAGAUAAGCGUUUAUUUUGUUAUCUUUAACCCCCCCUGUGAGGGAGCCAGACCUCUAAACAUCGAGGAUAGGGGAGUGAGUGAGACAAAGGGUGUUGAUAGAAAUCUGUACAAUGUGACCUGUGAGGUGUUCUGACAAAAGCCGAGCGAGUUGGGAGGGAACAUGAGAACAGAACUGGUUCUACCGCAUGAUUUUGAACAGCUGACUGACUGACUGACUGACUGAAGGUGAUGUAGCUCUUUGGUGUUUUUCCAAAUUGUGUGCAUCUGGUGUAAAAUAGAAAUCCGUGAUGAAGUACACUCCUCCCAGAAUAUGAAAAGGAACAUCCAACAGCUGGAACUGGCCUCAAUUCAGGAUGUGAGAUGGAAACAAAGCGCUCGUUAUAGUGGGUAUUUUUGAAGAACUUCCUGCUUUAGAAGAAAAAAUAAAAACAGGAAGAACACCUGCAUGAUCUUUUGUCCUGAAUUUCUCUCUCGUCCCUGGAUAACGAGGGAUUUUCAGGUGUUAUGACAGCCAGUUAGGGUUUUUCUGUCAAUGUUUUUUUUGCCACAAAGCUGCGUUUAAAAAAAAAGUUUUAGUGUCAUGAUUGGGGCUUUAUCCUCCGGCCCAGUCACCUGAGCAGCACAGUGGUUACUAUAGUGCUUACCUCAUGAUGAAUGAACCCUGCUUCAGCACUUUUGCCCGUUGUUUGGACAGCCAGUAGUUGCUAGUUCAGUUUCCCACAUAAAGGCACUGAGGUGGAUUUUGUGAUUGACUACAUCAGCAAACAAAAGCGUGGAAGUGGUUUUAUGAUGGGGGCAGGUCUGAGCAAACAAAGGCUGCUGUGAACUGCUGGCCAGGCAGCACGGUCAGCACAGCCUGUGUUAGCGCUUUUUCACAUUUACCAAGGAAAUUAGUCAGGUAAAUGAAGUGGUCGGUGGUUCCGACCAUCCCUCUGGGGAAAUGGGGACUUUUUUAUACAUCUGUUUCAUCCUCUUUCUGCUGACUUCAGCAUGCUGAUGAUGUAGCUCUAUCCAGUCAAUCUGGAUCAGAUAUUCAUGUGCAGGUUAUCAGUUUGGCACUCCCCUUCAAAACAUUUAAUGAAACCUGAGCUGUGACAAAAGACAAAAGCUGUGUUUUCAAAAGACUCCACCAAAACUCUGAUCAUAUGAUGCCCUGUUGUUUCACAUCAGUUGCCAGCACAGAUAAGAAACCUACAGUCUCUGAGUUUCACUGAGAAACACGAGUCUCUGUAUCUCCAAGCACUUUUACUCCACUGAACAACAACUCUUUAAACCUCGUGAUUAAAAAAAGGACUAUUUUUCCAGUGUUGACUUACUUAUUAUCAAAGUUUAUAAUGAGAACUCUUGCACACAUGCUGACUGUGUCCUAGUUGAGGCUGUGACUGGGUUCAGUUUGGUCUGUGUUCAGGGUCUUUGCUGUUUCCCUCAUGUUUCUUCCCAUCCCAAACAAGCGAUCUGAGAAUAGAUAGUGUUGUAUGCUUUUUUUGAUUUUAAAGCUCCUUAAGGCAAAGUUGGGGUUUGAGUUAUUGGACUGUAUAAAUAGGAGGUGAUUUGUCUUGCCUGUGAUGUUAUCCACCACAUCAGUCGGUGUCUCCCUGUUGGGUCUACUCUUGUUCCAAAUAGGUGUAAGCUGCUAAUGAAUGGCCAAAUAGAAUAUUAACCAUAUUAACCUGUUUUAGAUGGACUGCCCAAUCAACAUUUGAGAUGCUGAACUGUAGCAAGUGUAAGAUGCCCAAUAGAUUAACAGAGACAAAUGCCUAAACUUUGUGGAUAUGCAUGAGCAACUGUGUCAUGCUGAAGUCCACCCCUGGAGCAAUCAGACUGGCCAAACAAACUGGACUUUAGGGGUCAUUUGGGGUCAAACAUGCCUUGUGACAGUUUGUGUGUCUUGAACAAAAAUAACAAAAGGUGAGAGAAGUAGAGGAAUCAACACUUGUGCCACCAAACUGAAGUCAAUACUCUCAGUACUGCUACUCUCAUGUUAUUUUGGUAAUAGAGUAUAAUCAUGCCUAGCCAUUCAAUCUUAUUCUUUAGUGGAAUCCGAUGUUAUGAACUCAGAUUAGGAUCAGAUUAUUCAAGUAAAAAGAAGUCAUUAAAUCUCUCUCUUUCCUCUCACUGACUGGUUGCUUUUCAUUGGUUUUGUCCAUCAAUCUGAAACGGAAAAUAAUACCUCAGCGCCCGAGGUGAGAGUCCUCAGAUAAAAUGUUAUGGCAGGCAGACCCCAGUUGCUUUAAAAAAGAAAAGUCAGUGGUUUUUGAAUACCAGAAAUGCUAAGUCAGAUACUGUUUAUGUGUUUUAACUAUCUCUUAGGAACAAUAGCUUGUUUUGUUGGAUUUAAAACCACCAAAACUAGAAGCCAGUGUUGACUAUGCAUCCCCCUCAUAUCUGCUGUCAGUAAUGAUGCACAAAAGUUAAAGUUUGCACCUCUGCGCCUCUGCUCACAUUGUUCAACUUGUGCCCUUGUUUGGUUAAUAAAUCUCUGCAGAACUUAACAAUGCCUUCAGCAUUUCAGCUCCACAACAAUGAGAUCCGCCCAUUGGUCAGCUCAAAAAAUAGCUCCUUAAAGGAAAACUUUGAUAAAGACAAACAAUGCUCACAGACAAAGCUUCAGAGGUUUUCCUCUGAGUGGAACCUCAGCUCAUCAUAUCAGUUUCCGGUUGUUACUUGAGUAGUAUGCUCAGACAAUGCAAAAAAGGAUUUGGGAGAAACCGGGAGGUUCAUAGGGGGAGGGUUACAGCCAUAUAGAGGCUGCUGUGUAAUAGAGUGGCUCCCAUGACUUCCUCUGGCAGCCUCUAACAGUCUGCAGCUGUGUUUCUUACAGAGGCAUUACCGACCUGACUGCUCUUAAAGGCACUGAAAGAAAAAACAGAGUCUGCUGUUAUCCCCUGCCAAACCACACACGUCAAAAUAAGUAUGACACUGGCAGAGUGAAAGAAAGGCAAGAAGGAAAAUAGAUGAAGAAGGGAUGAGGGAAAAACUGUGAAUGUGACAAAACAGAAUUAAUGCUCUCAUUCGGCUGCCCAGAUGUGCAGUAGCCAAACACACAUACAGGCUUUAAAUGGAAAUGUGCUUAUAGCUGCACUAAGUAAAUUUUGGUUGAACAGGAGCUGGGGUUUCUUUUGUUAAUUCAGCAGGUUCAUUAUAACACAUGGGUUCAAGCUGAUCUCACUUCGAAACCACAUGCACUGAAAGAAACCUGCACACAAUACAUGCUUAACGUUUCAUUGAAUUACAGUGGUGUUAAAAAGUGUUUGCUCCCUUUCUGAUUUCUUAAUUUUUUGCAUGUUUUUCACUCUUAAAUGUUUCAGAUCAUCAAACGAAUUUAAAUAUUAGUCAAAGACAACACAAGUGAACACAAAAUGCAGUUUUUAAAUGAAGGUUUUUAUUAUUAAGGUAGGAAAAAACUCUAAAGCUACAUGGCCUUGUGUGAAGAAGUGAUUUCCUCCCCCUGUUAAAACAUAACUGAACUGUACUUUAUCACACCUGAGUUCAGUUCCUCGAGCCACACCCAGGCCUGAUUACUGCCACACCUGUUCUCAAUCAACAAAUCACUUACACAAGCGUGUUCACUUGUGUUCACUGUAUAUGAAGCCUAAUGCUUGCAGUGAUUUAGAAAGGUAAUACUAUUGAUAGCUGUUAAUGAAUAAAAGCAGGUUGUGUACAAUCUAUGUGACCUUUGACUGUAUGGAGAUAAAUCAAACAAAGAAGUCAAUAAAAUACAUCAAACACAGCAACCAGUAAGAUAAUAAAAAGCAGAUGAAAACAAUGAAAAAGUGUCCUCUCUGUGGACUGCGUGUGUUAAUGUGCUUACUGUAAGAAUCAGUUGAGUAUAUAGUAAAGAGACACUAACAAGGCAAAUGCAGCGAUUGAUAGUGUGCAACUAUGUCGUGCUCCUCGAAAAAAAUAGUUAAAAUACAAAUGUCACGUGAAAUAGUAGUGAAAGUAUGUGGUGGUUUGCUGAUGAUAAAGAAGCGCAGAUUACAUGUGUGAUGUCUAAACAACGUGUGCUUGAAUCUUGUGUUUCAGUGGGGAGAGUGGAGCAGGAAAGACUGUGGCAGCUAAAUAUAUCAUGAGCUACAUCUCCAAAGUGUCAGGAGGCGGACCCAAAGUACAGGUAAGAGGACUCUCUUUGGACACUUGGUGAAAGAUUUAUGACACACAAGAUUUUUCAGAUGCUGAGCUUUGUCGGCCAAGAAACCAAAUUCUAAGUAAACUAUGUAUUAAUCACAAUCCUUAUUUUAAGAAGCUAAAACCUUUUUUUCAGACAGUUCAUGGGAAUACUUGAUACAAAAAUAAACAAAGAGAGAUGCCUGAUCUACUAAUAAAAGCUGUAUGGUUGAGAUAGAGCUGCAACUCAUAAAAAAAUGCACUUUUUUGCUUUUUUGACAUUUCUGGAUUAUAACUGGAAAAAAAUGCAGCAAAAAUAAACAUACAUGACACAAAUGAGGUCUUAAGAACCACAGCUAUAACUAAACCCAUUAAAAGUAUUUUCUCCUUAAAAAUGUGUGAAGAAGGAACUCAUUUUGAUCAGCACAACAUUUCACAAUGGUGAUUUAGCUGUCAAAGAAUCAUUCUCAUAUUGUCCACAUAAUGCUGUUUCAAGCGACCUGUUACUUCUUCUUUCCUGCACUUAUUUCUCUCCUUUAACCUGAUUCCCCCUCGUUUCAACCUCAUCUUUAUACCCCAUUAUCAGCCCAUCAGCAGCCUCUUAUUUCCACAACCCCCUUCAGCCAUCUGGCAGACCCCCAAAGCGGCAGAUGUCCACUUCCUAAGCUGAAUAAAGAUCUAAAGUUUGAUGAGGGAAUGCCUGCCCCAUGAUGGCAGUGGGUCUCGUAUGCUUAAUCCACUCAGAGCUGCUUCAACCAACCCAGCAUUAGAAAUCAUCUACAGGCUGUAAAUUCAUCAGUAGAGCUGGUAGUAUGUGUUUUUUAGACUGAAUCCCUUCUGUUUAACAUGUAGCUUUAACUGGUUUCAAGAUGUCACUUACAGUAACCAUGAACACGCCCAGAGUAAAUGUAUGUAAAUAACACCUACAGUGUUAUUAAAGCCAUCAUAGGGGAUACACAAACACCCACACACACUGUGACACACAAUGAACUUUAUAACCAAACCUUCUGUGUCCCUGUUGACAUCGCCUUAUGUUCACAUACCUCCUCACACACUGUGCGGUAUGCUGAGUACAGUACAUGCAUUCUUAUGUAACGAGUUUAUGGCUUUUCUUCACAUGUCGGUGAGAUGAGUUUUGAAUAGAUAAUAACUCCCUGACAGUAAACUAUUUAUUUCUCUGGCUCAGCAUUGUCAUCUCAACAAAGACUCAUCAAUAGUCAAACACAUUGUACUUAUUUAAACAUUAGAAAGGGUGUUUGUCUGACAUUGAGUUGAUGCUUGUUGGAUUCAUUGUGUUUGUGCUCUGCAAAUAACUCAAAGCUAAUUUAAAUAAAAUGUGUUCAUCAAAAAAGAGACAGGGAAGUCAUGCUGUUGUUGUAAACAGGACUGUAUUUGUACCUUUAAAUAGUUGUACUUAAAAUUCCGCGUUAAUUUAGGUGCACAAAAAUUCCAAGAAAUGACUAGCACACAACUUCUCUGUGCUAUAACAGGAGCAGGGAUAACUGUCUGCUGUACCGAUUUAAACCUCAUGUGUUUCUGACAUGCAGAUGGCUUACAGGAAAGUUAAUGUCCUCCAGACGCUGUGCGGCUGUUUGUGGACUUGCAUCUGUGCAUGUGUGUGUGUGUAAAUGCUUGUAUGGAAACUUCCACAGAGACGUAGCAGCAGCCGUCAUUCGGUGUGGGUGUGAAGUGUACAGCUGUGGUACCUGCUGUAUGGUGUGUCUGUGACGUAUCUAACAGCUCAUUGCUUCUGUCACCUCGCAGCACGUCAAAGACAUCAUCCUUCAGUCCAACCCGCUGCUGGAGGCCUUCGGCAACGCCAAGACAGUGAGGAACAACAACUCCAGCAGAUUUGUAAGGUUUCCAUUUCUGAGUUGGUGUUCAUACUUUCUAAGAAUCUGGGAACCUGAUGUUUGGGCUCAGUCCAUUUCUAGUCUCCUUAGAAAACACAUGACAGCACAUUUAAAUACUUAAAUACAACAUGUAGAAAGUGAGAAUUUUGAGAAACAAACUGAAUUUGAAACUCAUCCAUCGAGGCUGCACUAUCUCAGCAACAUAACUUUGUGUGCACUAAGCUGAUUUACAGAGUAAGUGAGGACGACUCUCAGACUCUGUGUUACUCAGACAUAAAUACAUGUAAUGAGUAGUACUUACCCUGGGAUAAUUUGAGGACACAGGUUUUUUGUGGUGCACCUUUGGAUCCAAGCGGAGACUUUAAAAACAAAGAUCUGCAGCAUUGGCUUUUCCUCUGUUUUCUGCUUGAUUGCAUGUGAAAGCAAACCUUAUGUGUGUCCUGGUUAACCAAAACUGUACAGUAAGAACAUCCUCCAGGGACAGAUAUUCAUGUACACCAGUGUGGUAAAUCCUCUGUUGGAUAUAAGAAACUGGAAGAAAAAAAAACAUUUAAUCAAAAGCAAGUUUUUGAGGAAAUGUAUUUCCUUAGAAAUUUUCAAGCUGAGCUCAACGUUUCUGGUCUGCGUACAAAGCAGUGUUGUUUGAGUAAUUUGAAUAUUAGUCAGUUUUUAAGGAAAUGGAUUUGGUUUGGCACUAGCAGCCUGAGAUCACUACUUUUUGAAGUUUGAUUCCCAAUAAAUAGCGUCUCUGUUCACUUUUUGGUCUGGAACAGAUAUUACAUUACCGGUUUGUCUGGAGAAGAGAGUCAGACAAAAAGCAGGGUCAGGUUUUUGAAUACAUCCACACACACACACGCACACACACACACACACACACACACACACACACACACGCACACAUGCACACAUGCACACCAUCAGCACUCCUGGAACAGCCAGGUGCCAAUAUUUCCAGUCUUAAAGCUCUGGCUAAGGCUUUAUCCCAGCCCCCUCCGAUACUGAAAAAGAAAACAUGCUUUGAUCCAUCAGGGAAAAUACUUCGAGAUCCAGUUCAGCUCUGGGGGUGAACCAGACGGGGGGAAAAUCUCCAACUUCCUUCUGGAAAAGUCUCGUGUCGUCAUGAGAAACCCUGGAGAGAGGAGUUUCCAUAUAUUCUACCAGGUGAGACUUGAUUUCUUAAGCUUGAGAGUGAGUGGGAUACAUUUGGCUGGAAAAGGAAAAAGGGUCUGUGAGGGGAUUUCAGGACAUAUUGAGUGAAGUGUGCCAUUUGGCCACAGGCAGAGGGUCAGUCUGUUUUUGUUGUGGAUGCCCUGAAAGAGACAAGAGUUCAGUCAAACGACAACAAAGUUUCUUCUCAUGCAAAGUAUAAACAUAUUAGACAUAACACAGUAUUCGUUUUUGCCCCACAGUUGAUUGAAGGAGCCGGUGGAGAGCAGAAGAGCAGUUUGGGAAUCACAAGUCUGGAUUAUUACACUUACCUCAACCAGUCCGGCUCCUACAAAGUGGAUGACAUCAACGACAAGAGCGACUUCCAGGAGACAAUGGUAAAGUCUGAUUGCUGGUAUUUAUUGUGCAUCAUUUAAAAAAACCAAGUGGUGUGUGUGUUUGUGUGUGAAGCUUCCUCUUUACACUCCAACCUCUCUUACCAGUUCCUCUCUGUCCUCUCUUCCAAAAAAACCUCUUCCUGGUUUUGUUUACAAGUGAAACCACAACAGGAGUAAUUAAUGGACAUGAGCCAGGUACCACAGGAGUGCGUAAACCCACACUGCUUCCUUGAUUCAGCAUGUUUUUUUUUCCUCUUUGCUCUCCUAGCAUGCCAUGGACGUGAUCGGCAUCAAAUCUGAGGACAGCUCUAUGGUGCUUCAGAUUGUAGCUGGAGUCCUGCACCUGGGAAAUAUUAGUUUCAAGGAAGCAGGCAACUACGCUGCUGUUGAGAGUGAAGAGUGUAAGUAUAGCAAAACACAUCAUUACCCUACUGUCUGUUCAGCUGGUUUCACUGACAUAGUAGCCAUUGUCCUUAAAAGAUCACCAAAGGUGGGAACUAUAAGGGUUUUAUAGUUUUGUACUAGAGUCUAAAUUUGCUUUUUAAAGUUUUUAACUAAGAGGCAGUCUAAGAUAUGCUAGCUGCUAUAAUAAGCUAACACUAGCAUGCUUAAGUUUUCACUGACCAUCUUAUGUUUAAUAAUCCUGGAUGAGACCAACAGUCAACAACCAUCCUAGUAGUCAAAUGAGUAAAAUGUUUAAGUCAGCAUGCAAACCUGCUUGUGUUCAGCAUGUGAAGUGUUUACAAAGCUCAUCACCAUGUUAGCAUGCUAACAUUUGCUAAGAAGCAAUAACCAGAAAUCAUAGCUUGGACUUGCAGUAACAUUUUCAACCAAGUCAAAAUUUGAACUGAUGGCAGCGCUAGAAAAAAUUUAAAGGGAAUUAUUUCAGUACAUCCUCAGGGGAAUGUGUGUGUUUCUUUACAAUGAUGUGCAUGUGUUUUGAAUAGCCAGGACAGGUAUUAUAUGUAGGAACCUUUGCCUUUGGUGGAACUAGCAGAGAAGUCAUGAAGUUUCUGAAGUCAGUCUGAUUUGUCCUCCUGCGACCAUUAAUCACAAGUCUUUCCAGUGGGAGGUAUCAAGAGGAUGAUAUUUCUAUUAUGACUUAAAAAAACAGUCAAAUAGAUAAAGAUUGCAGGUCGAGAUCAGGCAGUGGUACAUUUCCUCAUUUUACAACGUGUUGAUCUUAAUUUCUCUCCUCUCUCCGGUAUACUAAGUUGUCCUUCUCUGUUUAGUUUUUUAAGGAUUUUUUUUCUCACCACUGUCACUCCCUAAAGUUUUACUGUGUUAAUGCAGCGCUGUAGCCAACUGUCUGAAAUAAUCCAGACCAUGCAGGAUUAAUAGAAAAUAAAAUGCUUUAAAGGUCUGGACAUAAUUCCUUGGCCAAUAAAUUUACUUGGAAAAAUACUUCUCCUCCUGUCCCCAUUUUCUCAUUUGCUUUCUCCUGACUUACUUUUUUCUCACUUCGCCAAUUUCUUUCUUUCCUCUUCUGCCAUUUAGUCUGUACGAUACAGAUGAAAGUGUGUUUUGCCAGAAAUAGCAACACUUUAUGAUCUCUUCCUCCCUUGUUCUAUCCAGUCUCACUUGCUUAAGUUUCUGUGUGCUUCACAUAUUCAUAUUCAUGUGCUCCCCAUAUGGAACUUUGGUGGCCAAGUUCACAUAGGCAUUUAGUUGCACUCAGAAGCAAAAUUCAGGGCGUCAUCUCCGACUGAAAUAAAUGUUGAGACUAGAUCAACUUGGAAAAAUAACCCAGACAUUCAGUGGCUCAGGCUUUGUUGGGGCAUAUUUUUGUCAAAAAGUCAAAGUCUGUUUUGAAACAAGUCUACUAUUCUUGGGUCUUUUGCAUUUUAAUAGAGGAAUACUUUUGAUUAUGCUUUAUAUAUAGUUUGUUAUUAAAUAUAAAAUCUUAGGUACCUUUGUAAGCAUGAAAACGGGGAAUAGAGAGAAUAGAGUAUGUUUUUUUGUCUGAAGUUUGAUUACAAGAUCAUUAACUCUGUCAUGGUUGGUAUUUGUAUGGUAAUGUGAAGUCAGAAAGCAGCUGUUCAGCUAAGCUUAGCACAAGAACUACCAAAAUAAGGUUACUGCGGCUAGUCAUGAGAAAGAAAUCUGAUAAAAUAUAAUCAAAUAUAAUUAGAGAUGCUGAAUAGAAUGUUGUCGUUUUUAAACGAUUGUAAAUUUAUGUAUUUUGUAGAUGAUGGAGUUGUAUUUGUCUCGGCAAAAUUGCUAAUUGUUGUGAAUGGAUUACUACGACUUCGAGAACUUCUCACACACACAGACUUAGACAAUAUCAUGAACACACUGCAGCCCUCAUACCCUUUAAAUAUGUGACAAAGUCAUCAGUGCUGUAGUAGCACGUCAGGAUCAUUGUAUGUGUCACAUCUGAUCAAGCGGUGGAGCCACAUGCUUCGUUCUCCGCACUGACUUCAUUUCCCUCCAUUCCUCUCAUUAUUCUCUGCUGCUUUGACUAACAAAUUACCCGCAGGGGAAUUUUUGUUUGUAAGAGCAUUGUGUCCAAAAUGCACACACGGCCUUUAUAAAAAAGAAAAAAAAGGAAAGGAAAAAAACCUCCAGACUGUACUACAUACAUCCAUACGUUUCCUGCUGAACACAAAGAGUGACUCUUGUCAUGAUUUAAGCGAGCGUACGGUCAGUCACACCCUUGUGUCCCAUAUGGGGAGCUACUGCAGCAGUCUAAUGCAUUCCCAGACACAGUGAGUCUGAGAGCCAUUUCCUUUUAGGGGAAGUGAGUCACUGUAAUAAGGCAGGGAGGGGCUCUCAGGGGAGGAUAUCAACGCCAGGCUGGGACAAAUGAUCUGAGGCACACUCUAAUUUUUUCAAGUGUUACCCCAAGACUACUACUGAGGUGUUUGCCACAAUUUUGAGGCUUUACUCCACAAUUGCAUGCAGUGUGGGUAUAAAUCCAAGCUUUUGUUGAUUCAUCAGACUUUCUCAUUGAGAGAUGAGAGCUGAUGCAGAGGAUAUUUGAGCAUUGGUUUUUCUUUGUUCCCCUCUGUUUUGCAAUGGAAAAGUGAGGCCUUUUAAGGGUGAAAUUAUGUCUGCUUAUUUUUUGUUUUGGUUAUUCCAGCUGGACACAAAGACAUUGUUUUCCCCAUUCAUCCUCACUGGUUAUAGUCAUCAAAGUAGAUCUCAAUACAACCCCAAGUCCAAAAAAGGUGUAUGUUAAAUUUGUAAAAAGUAAGAUUUAGAUGGUUUGCUAGUAAUUUGUUGUCUUAUUUUUAAUUGUAUAUAGUGCAAAGACAACACAUUUUUGGUUGAAACAGAAAAAUCAUACUGCUUUAUAAAGACUUUGAGCUCACUCAAAAAUGUUGGGACUGGGGCGACAAAACACUGAAAAAAAGUCACCUGCAGAAACAUCUAUCAACUAAUUGGGGUUGAUUUGUAACAGGUUUGCAAACAGAUUGGGUUCAGUAUGAGCAUCACAGAAAGGUUGGUUGGUUCAAAGUAAAACUGGAGAGGAGUUCACCUCUCAGUGAAAGACUGUUUAAUUGUGUAACACCUUCAGAAUAAUUGUGGGGAUUGUGUCGCCUACAGCUCAGAAUAUCAUAUGAAGAUUCAGAGAAUCUGUAAAGAAACCUUAGUACCGAAGGGCAGACACUGUGUUAGAUAUAGACAUGACUCUGUAGUGGAAACCACUGCAUGGGCUCAGAAUAAAUUCCCAAACUUCUGUGAACACUUUUGAUCAUCACAUCCCCAACCUCAGGCUAAAACUAUACCAUGCAAAGAGUGGAGAAUAGCUCAGUUCUGAAAGACAACCACAUUUCUGAAUUGCAAUAACGUGCCCUAAAACAUUCUUAUCUAUCCAAAAAGGCUUCAUAAUUAUGAGAGGUUAUAUUAUGAAAAUAUGACAGAGCAUCUGUUUUUUUAGUUCCUUCUCACCAUCUAUAGUUUUGUAGUUAUUUCAGCUUUCAGUCACUCUAACUCACGUGUCGUCUGGCAGUGUGGAAAAUACAUUACUUUAAUGGCUUCAUUAAAGAGUAGGAACGUAAUAUUACGUUUUAUUUUCUAAACUUCCUCCCCCUUCUUGUCUCUUUUCUCUUUCAACAGUUCUCGCCUUUCCUGCGUUUUUGCUGGGAAUCGACCAGAAUCGCUUGAAAGAAAAAUUGACGAGUAGAAAGAUGGACAGCAAGUGGGGGAACGCUGUAGAGUCCAUCGACGUGACACUGAAUGUGGAGCAGGCAUGUUACACCCGUGAUGCCCUCUCCAAAGCCCUGCAUUCACGGGUGUUUGACUUCCUGGUUGAGGUAUGAUCCCUUAGUUGUUCAUCUCUAUAUUCAGAACUGCCCUUCAUAAAAAAGUUGUCAUAUCAUACACCAAACUCCUUUUUUCAACACAACCCUUUGAUUGCAGUCCAUCAACAAAGCCAUGGUGAAAGAUCAUCAGGAGUUCAAUAUUGGAGUGUUGGACAUUUAUGGAUUUGAAAUCUUCCAAGUAAGUGUUUAUUUUUUCAGGCUGAAACAUGGUGACUGUGAAUUUACCCUGCAACACAUGGAUUAGAUUAACAGGUUUUGACUCUGAGCAUUUAAACAGAUUAUAGAGGGGGGAUAAGACUAAUUUAUAGAGUAUGUGGAUUAGGUUUUAUCUCCUAAAUGUAACAACAGACCUUCACAUGCUUUUUAAUCUGAUUACUUGUUUUGUUAGUUUGCUUUUUGUGAAGUUUGAAGUCCUGACCUCAAUAAUUUGAUAAAAUAACUUUACAUAACAGUUUUUGUUUCAUUUUACUUUUGCUAGACCUUCAGAUUUGACUGAUAUUAAGCACAGAUUAUGAGUAUAUACUGUGACAGUGAAUACCCUGUGAGAGAUAUCCAUCUAAAUCCACCAGCUCUGUCUGUCUUUAAGUCUAAAGAUUUUCUUUGUGUGCAUAGUGUAGCAGAAGGUCAGAAACAUAUUGUUUGCUGCAGGUUAUUCCACAGGAAGCUACAAAUCAACAUCAAACAAGACUCAGGCUGAAGCUCCAUUAAUUGUGAGAUGAAAUGCACAAUAGAUCCCUUCCUUUAGGCAGCUUAUGUUCACUUGUUGUCCCAAACAAAGCCCUGUGAACUCAUUCAGAGGAUAUCCAUACUCUUCUGAAGAAACACAUUAGUCACUUUAUAUGGAUUUCUUUCUUGUAACUUUGUUGUUUCAUCAUCAGAAAAAUGGAUUUGAACAGUUCUGCAUCAACUUUGUGAAUGAGAAACUGCAGCAGAUCUUCAUCGAGCUGACUCUGAAAGCAGAGCAGGUGAAGUAUAUUCUUUAUCUGUAUUUGGUCUGUGCUGUAAUUUAUUUUGAUCUUUGCUGGUAAAGAUAUUUUAAGUUCUGGCUCAUCACUUUUUUUAAUGUCUUUCUGUAGGAGGAGUAUGUGCAGGAGGGCAUCAAGUGGAGUCAGAUCGAUUACUUCAACAACAAGAUUGUCUGUGAUCUCAUCGAAAGCAAAGUAAAUAAUCCCCUCAAGCAUAAUUGAGUUAACAUACUACCUCUAAGAGGUAAUGUAAAACAAGGGUUCACGAUCUUGUACAAUAGUAGUAGAAAGUCUGCAUGUGGAUCUGUGAAUUGAUAACUAGAACAAUAAGUUGAUUUACUGAUCAGCUGUUAAAUAUAGGUACUAUUCCAAGCUUCGCGGGUGCAUGGAUAUGCUAAUCUAGGUUCACAGUUUGCAACUCCACACUUUCAGGUUUUCAACUGGUGGUUUGGCAAAAUCACUUUUUUUUCACCAAAAUAUUUUUGGAAUUGAUAAAUUGUGAUGGGUAUUUUUUUUUAGAUUUUAUAGACUAAACAUCAUUUAGUUUAUCAAGAUAGCAAAAGCGGUUUCAUCAGUGAGUAUCAGUUGAAUCAAUAAACACCUGUUUGUAUUGCGCAAAUGUGCUGAAACAUUUGUUUUAAUGUUUUAAAAGUUGUGUUUAACGCUAUAACAACAGCUUUGAUUUAAUCAGAUCUAUAAGCAACAGAGACACUGACAGAGACAAAAACUACACAAUAACAUGAAACAAGCUGUAAAUGAGAAAUGAAAAACUUGCUGACAUGGACACAAAAAUGUUGUUUUUUAUCACAAAAGUCAUCUUUUUCUUUAACAGCUUGCAAUCAGAUAAAACUUCAGUAUAAUCACUUAUACUGUACAUUUUCUGAAAAGAUAUCCACAUUUUUGACUUCUAUUGUCUUUGUUUAUUAACUCAGCUGCAGCUCCGCCAAGUUUCUGCUCUGUACUUCAAAUGUGCCGACUCGGCUCUUAAUUUGAUUUCUCUGUCCCACUGAGAAGUCUAAUCCAUGAAAUCAACAACAAGGACUUUGACACAAGCCUUCGUUUGAGAGGAGCAGGGUUUUUGUAUCAGUGUCUUAUGGUGCAGACCCACUUUGGUUAAUCCACUGACAGCGUUACUUGUGUCCCUUAAACAGAGCCUUGUGUUCUCUGUGUUAGAGACUCUGAGGAGCAAACUGAGGACUGCUGUUUAACUGAGGGUGUAAUGGAGCCCAAUCAGUCUGUGACAAAAACUGAUCCACCCUAAGAUUUACAUAGAUCUAAACAUCCUACAAUAAAUAGAUCUUUUUAGCUCUGAUAUUCCUUUAGGAGGCUAUUCAUUUUCAAAAGUUAGUGCUGGAAAAGUGCAGCAACUAUUUCUUAAUCCAAAAGCAAGACUGGUGCAAAUUUAAUGUGAAUAUAACUUUAUUUUUUUUAUGAAAUCCCAGAGCCCACCUGGUGUCAUGUGCAUCCUGGAUGAUGUUUGUGCCACCAUGCAUGCAGUCGGAGAGGGAGCUGACCAGACUAUGCUGCAGAAGCUCAGAGUCCAGAUCAACACCCACGAGCACUUCAACAGCUGGAACCAGGGCUUCAUCAUUCACCACUACGCUGGCAAGGUCAGUCCGAGGAAACGAUCCAGAUUACUGGGACAACUUGGUCUAAUUAUACCUACCUGAUUGCUGAUAUCAGUGUUUUAGAAUUAAAUAUUCAGGAGCACUAGCAAAAAGACAGAAAUCACAACAAGUAGUGUCAGGUUUACCACCAUUUAAAUCCACUUUUCUAUGCCAUGGUAUAAAGUAAAAAAGAUCAUAUGAAUCAUACAGUUUACAGAGGGGAGCUGACCGCAACUUCUGGAAAUACAAAGUUAUUAAAGUGUCAUUUUUUUAUGGUGUUGUUAUGGGAGCUGUGCUUGUAACACCAGCUCGCAUGAUCUCUCAUAAAUACACACAGCUGGUGUUUUAAUUCUUUUCGCCAAUGUCGUCAUCUUCCUCUUUUAGAGUUUUUCUCAUCUUGACUUACACUCGAGUCUCUCUCUUUUUUUGGUCUGUUUGUGAAUGCGGUCCCUCUUACUCUGCAACACUGUUAAACACUGGCAUGAAUGCUAAUCUAAACAUUGUGCUCAUACAUUACAGCUCAUCACAGGUAUUUUUUUCCCUGCAUUCUUUGUCACUGUGGUGGUCUUGAGCCGAGGUUGUCUCGUGUCAUUCUCCAGAUGUGUGGUGGCCUAGGCCUGGCACACACAUGCCGCAGGCUUAAUGAGCCAUGCAAUAAAGACUCAGGGGCUCCCAUGACCGGACUCCAAGCAUUCCUUCAGUCUGUGUCUACAGUAAUGCAGAAAUAACAUGUUUAAUUCAUGCACUUUCAGAGCUCUGCUGGUUUUAUAAGAAAGUUCAUCUUUAAAAGUGCAGAGUCGGGAUUUGGAACUUUGGCGUUCUCCCCCCGUAAAUUUUAAGCUAAAAUGAAGCAUACUAGUUUCUCAUUCAGGUUUAUGCUUUCACUUUAACCCAAACCUUUUUUUUUUUUUUAUAUCAUGGCUCACCUAAAAUUUGUUUGUGUUUAUGCUGCAGGUGUCUUAUGACGCUGAGGGUUUCUGCGAGAGGAACCGAGACGUCCUUUUUACUGACCUCAUUGAGUUGAUGCAGAGCAGUGAAAUGUAAGUAACGUGACGUGUGGUGAGGAUUUCUGUGGUGCAUUUUAAGAGACUCUUUGAUUGUAAUGCACAUGGUUAUAAUUGGAUACAUAUAAAUUAGGGUUUCAGACGUUGCAGUUCAUCUGGAAGCUGGAGAGGGGGUAGCUGAAGUGUGUGAGGCAAGGUUAAAGUCUUGCCCUCUGCCCUCAAUUUUGUCUGGCAGCAGUCCAGAUCUGCAGUUUGUGGGGGUCUACCUCAUCUUGAAAGCGGAGUCUCUCUGUGGGGCUGCAUUGUGAAGUGUGUUCCUCCUGUAUUUUGGUCUCUUAGGCUGUCUUUGUGUCAAAAUGGCCAUCUGUGCAAACAGCCUUGCAUUGUCUAUGUAACCCCUGCAGGCCUCAGCCACCGCUCGCCCUCUUUGUGUUUGUUCCGUGAGGCCUCAAAGGAGGUUAUGCCAUAAUGCUAUUCAGACACGUGCUGGAAAAUAUGUGAACUUUGGAACAAAUUCAUUCACAAAUGCAUGCAUGUUUAUAUAUCUACAUGCAUAGAUAAAAGCUUCGAGCUUGGUCACGUUUGGAGGAAGCCUGAGAAGGCAGGAAGCAGCCUCAUUCCUUCGAGCAGCAGGUUUGAAUAGAGAAGAAAGGAGCGACCCGUAUUGUCAGCUGGACAUUAUUAUCAGAUUCUUUUUGUACACACAACCUGCUGAUCCUUUCUUCUGUGUCCGUAGCCUUGAUUCAGGGGCUUAAAACAAACAAAUAUGGAGGAAAGCCAAUAAGAGGCUGAAAUAAAAACAACAAAAUAUGUGCAUUAGAACACACAAGAGAGAAAAAGUGAGAAAGUGAGCAAAGGUGGUGGCAUAAACAUGCUGAAAUCAAUGAGCUGGUGAGCAGCUUUACCCCAGGCCUGCCUGUCUCCUCAUAUUGACGUGUGAGUUCUUCAAACAGGAACUUCUGACGCUCUUCAAAGGAUCCUCACACAUGUCGCCUGAGUGACACGUGCGCUGAUCACGAAAGGGCGGAAUCAGCUGUCUGGCUGAUUAUAACAUUGGAUUAAUAUGAAUCUUCAGGUUAUUUAUAAUGAGUAAAUGCACAGUGUGUGUAAGUGUAUCUGUGAACGAGCUCAGCGUUUUAAAUCUGCGUAUUUAUAAUGUUUCUCUUUAGUUGAGAGGAUCUGAGAAAAUGGAAACUUUACAAAUACCUGCAACAUUCAGAUCAGCAGCAGCAGCAGCACAUCAUGUUGACGUUGGUGCAAAACACAUUUACACAAAGUUUGUAUGGAAGUGACAAAAAAGCAACAGUUAUUGAAUACAAACCUCUGCUGUGAACUCCAGUCGUCUAGUGUGUGUCUUACGAAAGAGAAGAGUGAUUAUUUGUUUUGGCUACAGAGAGGCCAAGGUGAUAAAUAGUGGGUGAAAUGGAGCUGAUACAACAUGAAAUAAACCCACAGAUAGUUCCCUUUUUUGAAAUCCAUCUUUGUUCUUCAAAACCACAGGACAAAAACCCCUCAUUUAUCAAUUUAGAAUAAAUCUGGUGUAAUUGUUCAAAUUCAUGCUCUGCAGAAGUGGCCUUGGGUGGAGUGUCUGCACAGAGAGGAGUUUGUACAAACACAGCACAGACACACAUUGCUUGUUUUCUCACCCGCCUCCAACUCAGACCUUCCCAAGUGGGUCAGGAAUUUAAACCAGUGACCUCAGUCAAAGGUUCUUGGUUUGCUAGUCAUUAACUGCCUUUUUUGUUUUUUUUGGCUGACCGAAGUCUGAACAGUGUUUUAAAGUCUACGUUUUGCUGUUGUUUGGACAAGAAUGAGACCAGACAGAUUUUUCAGUCCUAACUUACACCCCCUUACACUUUUAUCUUUGACAGUGCCUUCAUCAGAGCACUGUUCCCAGAAAACCUCAACGCUGACAAGAAGGGUCGACCCACGACUGCAGGCAGCAAAAUAAAGGUGUGUGUACAGUACAGUGUGAACCUGUCCUUGUAUAUCAGGGUCGCUGUGGAAGAGGGCCCUUGAAAGAUAAUGUGUGUUUACUGUUCAGGGGGGAGUCCUUCAGCAGUCAAUCAGUAAAUUCAUCCACUUGUUCAGUCACAUCAUUUUGUGUAUCUGUUACCGACUUCAUCCUCCUUUCUUGAUCUUUGCUCUUACUCUUCCUUUCAGAAACAAGCCAAUGAUCUGGUGAGCACGCUGAUGAAAUGCACUCCUCACUACAUCCGCUGCAUCAAACCAAAUGAAACCAAGAAACCCAGAGACUGGGAGGAGAGCCGGUAAGUGCACUUGCUGUGCCCCCCUGUGAGCCUCACAGUUCCACAUGAAUCUAUUAAACACUUAAAGCUGCUCUGAAAUGCUAAUUUGUAUAAAUAUAUUUAUAUGUUCAUAAAUGAAUAAGCAUACUUCUUACUCAACAUGAAGAGAAAAAGUUGUGAGACUUAAUGUUAGUUUUUAAAAAAAAGGAUUACAUACAAAUAAUUAUAAUCUGCCAUCGUAUAUCAAUCCUGCCUUUAUUCCUCAUCAUCGCUAAUCAUAUUUUCUACAAGCUUUCUUUCCAUACAACACUUUUAGACCAGAUCGUUGUUCCUCUCCCCCUGUUUUGCUUUUUGCUCUUUUUUGGUGUUUUCUGGAGACACAGUCAUGUGAAUGGUGUUAAAACAGUCCCCCCUCUUUAUCCCUUUGUUCCAGUUUCCCACCCUUUGCCACUCUAUUACAUGUUCGGGGUGCAGUGGUAUUGUUCAGAGCCAGUGACCUUCCUGUUGUGAGUCCGGUGCAGGCCGGCUCAUUAAUUAGCAGCGGAACUCAUGAUUUUACAGGAAGUCUGAGUGGACCAAGUUGGGCUUAAAGUCUUUGUUGUGAGGAAAAGUUGGGCUAACCCAGCUGUUUUGCAUACAAUGGCCUCUGAUUUUUCCAUCCUCUGGAGGAUCAGUGCAGAAAGUAGCUGAAAUCUUCAACUGCUGAUGGUGAAACACAAGCCUGUUCAUCAGCUAGAACUAAAUUAGGAACAUCAGGAUUGUAUGUUUGCUGACACUUUUUGCAAGAACUCAAGGACAAGCAUGGACUUCCUCUGACUCUUUCCAUUAACUUCUUAAUUUCUCACCAAUCAUUCACUCACACAAUUAGAUGUCUUAAACAGAGGGAAAAGUAGAUUUAUAAGAAAGAAUGAAAAAAAACAGCAGCUAAUAAGGGAGUACAUAAGUAGAGUGGCCAAUCAUCAGCAUGGAGGAGAAUAUUUUGUGUUUGACUUCUCAUAAAAGCUACUUCAAUCUGUAUGUCAAUAUUAAAUCAAUCUGCAAAACUGAUUGAUAGUCUUUUUGAAAUUGGCCAAAGGGGGAGAUUGAUAUUUGAUAAUAACAUCCUAAUGAUGUUCUCCUUUUUUUCUUUGUCUGAAGAGUAAAGCAUCAAGUAGAGUACCUGGGUUUAAAGGAGAACAUCAGAGUUAGGCGUGCUGGCUACGCCUACCGCAGAGUCUUCAGGAAGUUCCUUAACAGGUAACAGAAAAAAACACUCAAAGGACUUGGAUAAUUCGCUGUGAUGUUAUCCCCUGCUUCAAGAAGUACUGUUUUUUUCCACAGAAUUAAAAGUCUGUAUAUUGUGGUUUUCUUAAUUUGAUUUACGCUCUGAUUAUUUCAUCAUUAGCCUCACGUUCUGCCUCACAGGAAAAAAAGCCUCGAGCUUUUAAACUUUUCUUCACACUCAUAGUAAUAAAAGGCUUGAUCGGUUCAACAUCCAAACUCAUGCGCUCACCCACUCACUUUGUAAAGUGCUUGAUCUUUGUUAAACUCUGUUUCUCAGAUACGCCAUCCUGACCAAAGAGUCCUGGCCAACGUGGCGAGGAGAUGAGAAACAAGGUGUCGUGCAUCUCCUACGCUCUGUCAACAUGGACCCGGAUCAGUACCAGCUCGGUCGCAUCAAGAUCUUCAUCAAAGCCCCAGAAUCAGUAUGUGUGACAUCCUUCUUGUCUUUAGACUCUCACACUCUGCACACAGCUGCUUAGUGUCCAUUCAUGAUAUCACUCUUACAUAAAAAAGCAUCAAAGGUGAAUGUAUUAAAGAGACAAAACUUGCAGCUCAACUCUCUCAGAUGUUCUUCUUUAACAGACCAAGAACUAGAAUCACAUGUAAAAGUGUCUGCUAGCGGGCAAAGAGUCUUUUUGUUAGCAGAGAAAAAACUGAACUCACUAUUUUUACAUUGCACACCAUAAAAGGGCACCAGUGUCCCGAAUCAGGCUCGAAUCCCUGCAAUAGGGGAGGAGAUUGAACCCGACCCCCACACCACGUCAGCACUGAGUCAACACUUCUCUGAAACUAAAACACAAGCACAGGCUGUGGUUGCAAAGUUUGGGGGGACAUCGUAAAGGCCUGUCUUUUUCCACCAUGACUUCUUUUUUUUUCAUGAUUCCUAUGAAAGCAGCACUUGUGUAAAGUCUGCACUCUCACUUAUUAACACUGGUGCAGAUCAUGGACGAACAGGCACUCUCAGUGCAUACACACAGAUGUAGGCUCAGAGGCUAAGACAGUCAUAGUAGUUUUAAUUCAGGCCUUAUAGCUGACUGUGAAUGACUUUACUGAUUCAAUGCAGCUCUGCCGGCCAACAUUCCCCAUCCCCCCACACAGUCUCCUCAUCCAAGUCACUGAGGUGUGAUUAUGAAAGGCAAAUAUCACACAGACUGAAGCGCUGAAAUGACCUGCCAGGCUUCUAAAAACAAGCCUCUCUGUCUGAUAAGACACUGACAGCACCUCAUUAGCAGCAUGACAGAGGGAGUUUUCUGUGGGAUAUAAUAAGUAAAGUUUGUUUGACACCAGGCCAGAUGUUGGAGAAGAGUUUCUCUUCCCAGGUGGUGAUGGAUGAGCAGUGGCUCCUACACUGAUGUGCUGAAGGAGGGUGAAGACUACACUGAGAUCUACGGGAGGAAAUUUAGAAGAGAAUUUUUAUGAUGAUGAAUUAAACCACUUCAAAUCCAAAACUUUUACGGUUUUUGUUACAUAUGCCAAAAACAUCAGUCCUGUAUUAUCAAUCUAAGUAUAACUAUCCUCUGACCAAAAAAAAUCUCACCCUGCUGACUUUUGACAGUCAAGUGUUUAAAUUUUUGCAGACAUUUGAGGUGAAAAUUUUUCUCCUCAUGCCAGUGUAAGGUGUUAAAAAUGACUGUAAGUAACGCAUCAAUCUUGGUGUUAAUGGCCGUGUUUGCUCUUGUAUUUCAUAGAGAGGCAUCAAUAUGAAAUUUAGCCUAUUUAGUAAAUGCUAAAUAAGCUUUAAAGGGAAAAACUCAGCCUGAGAUCUCUGCUCAGAGUGCUUUCAAGCUGUACUCCACAAUGUCACCUAAGUUGUGGGUAUAGAAAAACAAAGAAGAAAAAAAAACUUUAUUCUUGUGUUAAAUACCUGAUUUGUAAUAACUUUUAUUUAUCUUUUUUGAAUAAAACCUGAUCUUAUAAUUGUAAUUCGAUAUCUGUUUACACACCACCCUCCAUAAAAGCAGUGAUGACCAUCUUUGGUUUAAUAAUUAACAUCAUUGCUGACUAUUACCAGGCACUUAUAUCUGCAUUCAUCUGGAUUGCUGCAGGUUAUGAAUAAUUUGUGAACAGUUUUAAAUAUUAUUGCCAUUAUAUUUCCUGUGAAAUGACUGCUUAACUUACUGAGUAAUCGGUUGAUUGCAAUAAUGAAAUAAACUACUAUAUGAAAAUAAAACAGUUUUAGUUACACUCCUCAUAAUGAUCACUUCUGCUUCUAUUCAGAUUUUUGGAGAAUUAAGUUCCUCAGGGAAAUUCAGCACAAACUUGAACCCCUCCAGCUGUUCUUGAGUUUUUCACUCGGGAAGUUGAAUCAGGGUCAGUGAUAGUGUGGAGUGAGUGUCUCAAUCAGUGACUCAGCGUGUUUUUGUCCUCACAGUGUCUGUGGUUUAAGUUGAUGUGUUGUGUUUUGGGGCUGCCGGUGGUUUGUUCAUGUGGUGGACUGGCCGAUGCCAGUCCUGCUCCUGCAGUGGGCAGGAUGUUUAGUCUGUAGGGAGAGGGUAGAGUAGAGUGUGAUUGCGUGUUUAAAGGCCAGGCAGGAAAUGACACUGGCUGGUGAGAUGACGGGUUGGCGCUGGGUCAGCGUCUUUGGCAGGAAGUGGAGACAUAAUAGCCAUACAUUAAGAUGAUGAAUUUUUAAAUGGGGUUUCAUAUUUGUACUGGAAGGCACUGAUUUCAUAGUCAAAGGAACCAUGUUUACAACACUGAGCUGUGUUUCUGUAAAUCUAAUACAAUCUACCACAAUGUAAAAUUAUGACUUCAUAUCAAGCUCUCUCUGUUAUCAACAAGGGAUUACAUUGAGACAUUCUCAUAUAGUUUAGAGUCAGGAAUCAUUUUUAUCAUACAAGAACAUGUGAGCAAACAAUCUUUGUAAAAUAUUAAUUUGCAGCCUGAUUUUGUACGCUUGAAGUAGAGCAGUGACACAGUCGAGUACCUAAAAGACUUCACUUCUUGCAACAAUCAAAUCAAACUCUCUGUACAAACGAUGGGUCCAAAACUUGAAUCGCACACUCAGCUGAAUAUAGAAAUUUACAGUAUGUACAAGUAGCCAUCUCUCCUGAGUAAUCUUCUUUAAUGUGACUGGUUUUUUCUCGUCUCUUACUGUGUGUUUUCUUUGUCUCUGAUUGUGUUCACAGCUCUUUCUGUUGGAAGAGACAAGAGAGCGAAAGUUCGACGGAUAUGCCAGAACGAUCCAGAAAGCCUGGAGGAAAUACAUGGCUCGUAAGAAGUACGUCCAGAUGAGGGAAGAAGGUGAGUGAAGGGACAUCUCACAAUGUAAAUCCUCCAUCUGCCUGCCCAUAUUUCUAUCUCUCACUUUCUUUCACUGUUUUUUUUUUUCUGUAGCCUCUGACCUUCUGUUGAACCGGAAAGAGAGGCGACGGCACAGCCUCAACAGAAACUUUGUAGGAGACUACCUGGGGAUGGACGACAGGCCGGAGCUUCGACAGUUUCUGGCCAAGAGAGAGAAGAUAGACUUCGCAGACAAAGUCACAAAAUAUGACCGCCGCUUCAAGGUCAGUCUCCCUCCAUCUGCAGCCUCUGCUUUUGUGAAGAAAAACACUCAUAAAUAACUUUCCUCUUUUGUUCGGUUCCCUGUAGGGGAUUAAGAGGGACUUGAUCCUCACACCGAAGUCUGUGUACCUGAUUGGAAGAGAAAAAGUGAAACAGGGUCCGGAGAAAGGCCAGGUGACCGAGGUGCUGAAGAGGAAGAUCGAUGUGGAGAAGACAUUGGCAGUUUCUUUAAGGUACAGAGUUAUUAUUGAGCAGUCAAAUCUGGAACAUACCUGGUUGCUUUAUGGCAUCUGUAUCUGAUAUUAACAUCAUCUCUACGGCUGAAAACUUUCUGUACUGUUCCUCUCAGUUGUUUUUCUCCUGUUAGAGCCAUACGUCUUUGAAUAGUUUUAACAGAGCAGGCACAGAAAUGAUAUAUAAGUCACAUGUCUGUUGAAGUAUUUGUGGCCAUAUAUAUGAAAAAGGCCACAUAAAUAAUAGCCGCUAAUGUAAUCUACACCUUUUUGUUACAUUACAGCCUUAAAUUUGACUCCGCUCGAUUUUCAAUAAGCUUUGCCACAGCUACACUUUUAUUUGUCAUAAGUUGUACGACCUUAUUCACAGUCUAUACAAGGCUCUAGUGUCUCAUUUAGGUCCAGUAUAUAAUGUGUAGACAUUGCACUGCACCAUUAUCAUAAACCAACUUCAAAGUCACAGUCUGGGUUUCCCGUGUCUCUGUAGAUGUCACAAAAAGAAAGGUUAAAACAUGUGGAGUAUAUUACAAACUCUCUUUUAACACAUAUGUCUGAACGUCUGUCCCUUUGUGAGUGCCGGUUUGAGAAAUAUGGCUGAAAUAAUAAUACUCAUUCAAAAAGACUCACAUGGAAAAAUGGUGACAACUUCACUAGAAAGAGAAGAGGCAUUCAGAGGCUUGUCGGGCCUUUUUUGUUGUUGUGGAUGCCGUGGGAUUGGUUUUAGAGGGAGACAUUACAGAUCUAUUGUUGUGAGCAUGUGGCUUUUCAGUCAGUGGGGUAAUAUGGACCAGGUGGUGUAACGGGUGAAAGCAGGAGUUGUUAAAAGUUCAUCAGAAUAAAGCUUCAUGCCACAGGGAAGAACAGAGUCUCCUUGUGAGGGCUACGAGCCCGAGCUACGAGCCCGAGCUGUCUUCCCUCCUCAGAUGUGAGGCCAGCACUGUUUGUAUGCAAAUAUGAAACAUGAGCCUGAUGCACCAUCUUCCCUUCUAUCUGAGCACAACCAUGAAGGAGCAUGUAGUGUCUUUACAGAAAAUAGAAACAUGUAGGAAAGCAAAAAAAGAAACUUUUCAUCCAGAUUUUUGGUCAUGUCAUAUUUGGUGCAAGAAUAUUUGAUAAUGAUUCAUGAAUGAUCCUCUCAGUAAGUACUUCUGUUGUGUUUUUAGCACAAUGCAAGACGAUUUCAUGAUCCUCCAUGAGCAAGAGUACGACAGCCUGCUGGAGUGUGUCUUUAAGACGGAGUUCAUCAGCUUACUGGCCCGCAGGUUUGAGGAGAGAACCCAGAGGAAGUUACCACUCAAGUUUAGUAACACGUAAGUAAAAUUGCACAGAAUAUAUCCACUAACAGAGGUAGUCGUACCAAUGAAACACAAAUCAAAAAGAAAUAUAUUCAGUAUUCUUUACACCUGUAAAAUGGAUUUGAAAAUGUUGAAAAUUUAAUACAAGUAAAAUGAAAAUCAACUCUAAGCAGACUCACACUUCCUAAAACCAUGUCCUCAUAAAGCCACAGUGACCAUUUAUGACCUUUUAUUAGGCGCCAACUGAACUUUAUGUUUUUGUCCCACAGACUGGAGCUGAAGUUAAAGAAGGAGAACUGGGGCUUCUUGAGCGGGGGCGGCUCCCGGCAGGUUGUGUUUGUGCAGGGUCAGGGAGAUACAGCUGUACUGAAACCUUCCAGCAAAUCACUGCAGGUCAGCAUCGGACCCGGGCUCCCUAAGAACACACGUGAGUAUUAAUGGAUGUUAUUCACAUGCAGGAAAUUUUCUUCAUAUGAGCCAUGAGAAGACAAUGAAGAGAAGUCAUGAUUUCAUUGACAUCAGACAGAAAAUCUCUAAAUCUCUUUCUCAGGUCCCACUAAGAGGGGCUUCACUCAGGGUCGAACCAGCACAUCCAGAACUCACCAGAACAUUCCCUCUCGAGCUGCACCAGGGCCACCAGGUCAGAGACGAUAUCCUCAUUGCUGCAGGAUUGUGACCAUUUUUCCUUUAUUCAUUCGACAUAGCUGGACUUAUCUGAAUCCUCAUUUUUCUAAUCACAGUUGCACACCAGAACGGUGGUCUUAAAAACACAAACCACUUAGCCAACCAGAGGAACUCGCAGCAUCACAGCCAGAGGCAUCCCUCAGCUGGCAACGGGAUGCGCCCAGUGCUGCCUAGCAACACCAACCAGGUGAAGGAGCGAGGUGGCAGUCGGCCACAGCCAAACCUCGACUGUCUUAAAGUCCCCGACCAAGGAGCUGCAGGGUGAGAAUACAAAAUACACAAAGCACAGGCACACAGAAUGUAUGUACAGAUGAGACAGAAAAAACACACACUGAGAUAACAAAGGAGGAAAAGGAAGUAAGCACCACUGCUUCAGUAUGAAGAAAAGUGGAGUUUGUUUUACCUGUGAAGGCUCCUCCUGAUUUUUCUCUUGUUUUCUAGUGUGAGUAAAAAGAAAAUGUAUAUUUUUGUACCAUAUUGAGGAUCAGUUAAAGGGAUAUUCCGGCGUAAAAUUAAUUUAGAGUCCAACACACAGUAACACUGAGUUAGAAACCCCCUCAAGACAGGAAUGUUGCCGACCGCUUGCUUCUCUAGUUAUACCAACUUUAGUAACGACCGCAUGAUAGCAAUACACAGCGGUCUGAGGAGCCAUAAACAAACCUCAACCAAAAAGCCACUCUAUAGCCACAAAUAAUACUCAGAACAGCACCUAACUUCAUCAACAGUACAUAUAGGGUCCCAGCCACAGCACUAGCCACCAAACAUCUUUUUAACUUUGCCUAAUUUCUUAAGCUCAAGGAAGAACAUUUAGGGUGUGUUUGACCCUAAAUUAAUUUAACGCCAGAAUAUCCCUUUAACCGUAUUAUUAACACACAACCUCUGAAUGAGAUCAUUAACAGGCAGCUUUAACAACAAGUAUCUCAGAUGCCCACGAAUACCAUAGACACACACUGAUGUGCACACUUGUGUUUCUGUCAUUUACCAUAAUUUGGACAAUUUAUUCUUUUAUAGUCAUGGAGACAGACGGCCAACUUCAAAUGGAGGAAUGUGAGUUGGCGCAUUUGUCGUGAUUUUGGUGGUGGUUUGAGAUCAGCAAAGCUUUCAGCAGCAGAACAAACAGAUGCUUCUUCUCUUGAGUUCUUCCUUUUUUUUAAAUUCAAACUUGCUUAAGAAGCCAAAUACAGACCGAAACCAAUGUUACAUUUUCUGCUGCUGCACUGCUCUGUUCCUUCAAUAUCAGACGGGAAAUUCUCUUACACUUUUUUUAAGCCAUGGAUCUUUUAUUUCUGUAUAAAAGAUAUUUUUAAAGACAUUUCGCAAUGAAAAAAUUCCCCGCUAUGUAAAACAUGGAGGAUGGAUUUUUUUAAAUUUCUGUGUUUUUGUUUUUGGAUGCACUGUAAACUAGAUAGACGUUCCUAUAACAGGCAGCACUUUUACAGUCUACAAGUUACUUUUUCUCUUUGAAAACAUUUGAUCCUCAGUUAGUUGGAUGAAGUUUUAAACUUGGCGCUUUGUUGAUUAAAACAAAAAAAGACAUUAAUCUCUAUCUAGAGUAUUUCAUUUUUCUUUUAUGUAUUAUACCAGCAUAUAGAAAAACACACUUAGAUGCUGAAGACACCACUGACUCUGGAUCAACACUCUCUGCUCUCAAUCUUGUAGUCUCACAAUGUUUUAUGAAAGAUAAUGUGUGCACUAUGUCUCCAUCUUGUGGCUGAUACAUAAACAACAGCAUUUUGUUUAAAUGAACCACAAUAUGCCUUUAUGUUGUUACUUUAUUGUCCAGUAUAUGAUGCAGAAUCCUGGUUUUGCUUGAUUUGAAAUUUAGAUCCAGAAAUGGACUGAAAAGAUUCUUAUAAAACAAGAUGGCGAUCAUUGUUGCACACUUAUCGUUGGGAUGUACUUUGUCAAAGUGUCAAAUCCCAUAAAAACCUCACCUUAACACAGCUUCUUCAUAGCUUUCUUCACAGCCAAUGCAGCACAGAGAGCUGAUCUUAACAUGCACUAAAUCACCUUGGUGCAGACAUUUACCCUUUAUGUCGUUUCCUUCUUUUUCCUCAAAAUGUCUCAGGGCUCACAGACCAUCAGCCACCAGGCCUCCACCAGGAGGAGGACGCCCUAAACCUGCACCCAAACCCAAACCCCAGGUGCCCCAGUGCAAAGCUCUGUACGCCUACGACGCUCAGGACACAGAUGAACUCAGCUUCAACGCUGACGACGUCAUCGACAUUAUCAAAGAGGGUAAGACGAAGAAAACUCUGGAUCCUCAUCUGUGAGGAGAGAGAAUAAACAGGGAGUCUUGUUUUCUUCCCACUCAAAGAUACUAGAUCAAUGAAAUAGCACUAUACUUUAAGGUCAUAUAUAUACAACUUUCAUCCUUAUAUAUAAAGAAAAGACACACUUUAUCUUUAAUAACAAUUAUAUAAUUUAAAAAAAAGAAUCUAAUUUUAGUUCAGUCUAAAAUUAUCUGUCUGUAUUUGUUUUACAUCAAGUGGACUCUGCCUUGGGUAACACUUUAAAAUAACCAUAACUUAUAAAUGGUAGAUAGACCAUUUAUAAAUGGUAAGCAGAUAGUUUAUUAAUGUUUAAUCAUCAUUUAUAAAUAGCAGAAAGACCAUUAAUAAAUUGUAAAUUUUACAAUUUUAAAAACCUAACCCUAACCUUAACUUUACAAUAACCAUCUAAGUAAUGUUUGAAGGUAGUUUAUAAACCACUUAUUAAUUUAUUUACAAAGUAUUACAAACAUCAGUUCCAACUUUACAAUAAUCAUCUAAGUAAUGUUUAUAGGUGGUUUAUUUAUUUACAAAGUGCUACUGACACACAUUUUAAUCUAGAUGUUUUACAACCAAUAUUUAAACUCUAUAUAAAACUUUAAUAAAUAGUCCAUUAAUAAUUAAUGAAAAUUAUUCAUCAUAAUUUCUUGUUGCUUGUUAAUAGUAAAGAAACUAUUAAACUUAAAAUAAUAAACUAUCUAUUUGCCAUUUAUAAUAGGUCUAUAUGCUGUUUUAAAUGAUGAAUAAGCAUUAAUAAACUAUUUUCUAAUUAUGGUUAUUAUGGUUAUUGUGAAGUGUUACCCUGCCUUGUUUUUUAAUCAUGUUUGUGAUUGAAAUCUGAAACUAAUCAACCUGUGUCUGUUGCUCAGAUCAAUCCGGGUGGUGGACAGGACGUCUACGUGGGAAACAGGGACUGUUCCCAAACAACUAUGUCACCAAGAUCUAAAAGUUCCUAGGUCACAGAUCCAGGAGAAGAGGGGGAGCCGUCCCAUGUCCCGCUGACCCUCUCAGAGGACGGGACGGAGCUCACAGAUGGAGAGAGAAGAGCUGCGAGAUUCCUCAAGGAGAGAAACUCACACUUUCUGCACGACUGCCUCUGUAGUCAAUGAAUGUAACUGUCCACCACACCAGGAGACCGUCAGGCUUGAAUCGAGGCUUUGCUUUAAAAACAAGAAGACUGUCUGACCCCGGGGUCUGUCCCUCUGAGUACUGAACAAAACUAUUUAUUGUAUUUAUAGCUUUCUGUGUUCUCCUUACUGUCGUUCACACCUUGCUGAGGAGUUUUUAGCUUUUGAAGCGCUGGAAAUGAAGUAUGCUUAAUCUGUGGGACCAGGCUGUGAUUUUCACUCUCAACAAGUCCUUUUUUUAAGAUGGUUUGAUAUUUAUUUUGGUGUAUCAUCUUACAGGGGAUGGACUCUCAGUAAAUCACCCCACUGUGAUUUUAUAAUGAUUUUAAGAACCAAAGUAAUAUUGAUUUUAAAAAAGCCUGUUCCACACGUUCAGACAGAUUUGGUGAAUCAGCUGGAAAUGAGUUUUACGUUGUCUUGUCUCUUUACUUCUCCUGUACGUUUUUAUUUUUUUCUUUUACCCAGAGUAGAGGCCAUGUAUACUGUAAGCUGAGUGUGCUGUCUGUGGUGUAUUAGCACUUUAUUAGUACAGGUACUACCUUAGACACAGACACCAUCACUCCAUCAUGCCACAGCCAGUAAGUCCAGUCGAUGAAGGACAGAUUGCCAAGCUAGCAAUAUCCAGAGUUACUGAGGAGAAUAAUUUGUUUACAUGAAAUGAUUGAUCAGGCAUGUUUAGAUUUGAUUCUGUAUAUGUGUUCAUAUUUAGGAGUAUGCCUGUUGUUGCUUUAAGUUUAAAUGAAUUGUUUUGUAUUUUUUCUCUGAAGGAUGUCUCUGUUCUUCCUCUCUGCUUUUGUUCCUCACAGGGUUGUAUUAUUUCCACUUCAGCGACAUGUAGAUACGUUUGGUUAUCAAGGACUAGGGUGAAUGGUUUUUGUUAUGUCACGUGACAAAGUUGUUUUAGGUGAAAGAUAUUCGUCGAUGUUUUUCCACGGCACUCCAAAGGCUUCUUUUUGCUUCUGCUUGACUGUUUCUGCACAGCUUUUGCACUGCUGUUACAUUACUUUCAAACUCUUUUUAGAAAAAGAAAUUCAAUAUCCUCUCUAUUCUCUUUUCAGUAAAAACAGCUGGGACUUCUGUCAGAAAUUUGCUGAAAAACUGAUCUUGGAUGGUUGACAACAUCCAUGUGCAAUACAAAACAGUAGACUUUAAAAGAGCAUUUAAUAUGAUGUAUUUACCUGCUUUUUAACUCAUUAAAUAAACCAUUUUCAAUAUUGUGUUUAUGUUUAUUACAGGACUCACAUGCCUUCAGUAGACAGUUUUGUAAACACUUGGGUUUUUAGUUUACUCAGUUAACUCAAACUCACCAGAACCACACUGAAUGAUCUGUUAUUUCUUUGUCAAGCUUUCUCCAGCGGGCAGUUAAGUUAUAAAUUUUAAUAAAAUUUUGCACCCCUGGUAUGUGGAGCGAUAGUUUAGGUGUAAAUUUUCACUCAGAAGAGGUUCAGAGUUUACCUAUAGCCUGUCUUUUUAUGCUCUGUCAGGGGAAUUAUUAGUUGUCAUUUAGAUUUUUGUGUUUGGACUAAAGUUGUCAUGAAUCAGAAAUUUAGCCCAAACAAGUCCUUUUAUCUGUCUUUGAACUUCUAAGUUUUAGAGUAGCAGUUGACUGAUAUGAUUUUUUUAUACCAUUAAUGAGAAAGCAGGCUAGAUGAUCGGCAAUACAAAGUGUCUAUAGCAAAUUAUUGUUUUUAUUUAUUUGGAUUUUUCAUAUUUGACAAAAUAUGACAAUUUGAUAGAGUACUAACAAAUGAGAAACAAAAUUGAUGAAUUAAGAUUAAGUUUUUUGGGCACUGACAGAAAGUUUUUUGGCCCAUAAAUCAAGUCCCUUAUCACCAUAAGGGACUUGGAUUUCUUCAAAUUAGGACGGAAGUAAGAAAAUAAAAGGUAAAUGUUAGAUAGAUUACUCUGUACACCAUAACAAAAAUUUAAAUCCUAGCCAUGGCUUUUCUUUCUUUUGGAAAGAUGACGAUGAUUUCAGUUUUGUGAGGGGAACUUAUAUUUGCUAUCUAUCCUUCAUUUAGAGACCAAAGCUAUGGUGUUGUCAGGCUGUUUCAGGGACAGGGUGUCAAAAUGGAAAAAAGGACACCUCAUCAGCCGUGGGACACCAACACACAUGAAGCUUUUAGUGUGCUUUACAAAUUUCUGCCUCUUGCAGCAUUUUGUAAAUUGAAGAUUAAAUCAUUGGGAUAGAUUUUUCAAUGAUGUGGGGUUGAGGGUCAGGUUAGAGGAGGGGAGUUCAGGCUCAGGUGUAUCUGAGGUGGGAAUUUAAAUAUUUAAAAGAAAAUAUAUUAAUUUGAUAAUACAUGAUAAAGCUCCUGCAGUAAUAACUUUGAGAUGCCCUCUUGUGUGUGUAGUAGGUACUGCAGUUUAUCGGGCAUUAAAA